GGGGCAUGGGGGAAAGAUUCGUGGUGGUCCCGGUUGACGGAGGAGUCGGGGUCGCCGGGGAAGGGGAGCACUCAGACGCUGUUGUGGCUGACCCGGCAACGGACCCCGGCGGCGGCAGCAGCAGCAGCGCUGGCACGGUGGAGGGAAAAGAGACGGGGGAGGACUCAGUGUUCGAGGCUCAUGAUCCAAACGUUGUGGUGCCUAUCCUCAAGUACAACAGAGAGCCAAACAAAUACGGUAAGACAGCAGCUGCCCGUUACAAACUCCGGGACUUGUUAUCUCUUCUGUCUGAGGAUUAACCAGCGCGUUUCCCUUGGACUGUCUGCUCUCAUAGUUAUGUAAUGAAGCCGGGGCGUCACAACGUUACCCCAAAAAUGAAACUGCAAACUUUAACUUACUGUUAACACGAGAAACAAAACACUGGGACACGAUUCACAUACAUAUUAAAAAUAUCACCUGUGACUUAAGAGCAAACUAGGAACAUACGAAUUUUACUUUAGAUCAUGAAGGAUGCUCUAGAAUUUUCUGCUGUUUUUGGAUAUCACAGCAUAAUUUCAAUUUGUGCUACAGCUUUGCAAAACACAUGGAUAGCAUGGCCUUGUCUUGAUGGGUGGCCAAAGGUGGCAUGGCCCCCAUCAAAAUCUGAUUAGUUACCCCAGGUGCCACUCUAAAAUCCUGAGUUUUGAUUGGCUUGACAUGUCAAAGGCUUUUUAUGUUAAACUCAACUGACUGAACUGUGUUGCAGCAGACUGUCAGUAGCUUUCACUGCGUGUAAAUGUUGCAUGUCUAUUGUGAGGCAGGUGUGAAAGGCAGGAAUCAGUCUGUUAGAAGUUGCGAGCAAACUCCCGCACAUUGUCUAGUUGUCAAAAUUGCAUAUAUGUAGAUGCAAUACCACGCAGUUUUUUUCAGUACUUUUUUUUUCAAUCAUUAUAAAUGUCCACCAAUACAAAUUAUUUUGAGUAUAACAACCACUCUCUAAAGGUCCUUACACACCGGGGCCGACGUGAAUAUAGAACGCGAAAUUACGAAUUUCCCGAAAAGCCCGAUGCAAUUUUGCGACUUUACAGGGGGAAAAAGACGCAUCCCGGGUAGAAGCGAGAAGACUGACACAACGCCAGACUUACUGUUUUUUAGUUCUGAUUGGACACUAGAGUUGAGAUGGCUGUCUGUCAUGAAAGCAUGUAUUGAGUCAGGGCCAGUACCAGAUAAGCACAUUAAACUAUAAUCCAUAAACGUAAGGUAACAACCGAGACCUAAUGGUGCUGUGACAGCAAUGCAGUUGAGUUUGAGACAGUAAAAAUACAUUUGGUAUGUUGUAUCUGAACAGGUUAGCUUACGAGCUCAAGUUACUUAGCACAGAUGAAAGUUAAAACAAAGACGUUUAGCAAACUGUUAAAGUACACAAACCAUCGUCAGAUGAGGGAUCCGAUGCUAUGACUCUCCACAAGUUGUCCUUCAGGUCGUUAUCUUUGUAAUGUUUGUGUCUUUUAUCAAAAAGCACUCUGUUCUCCAACACGUAAACAAUCAGCCGGUCGGCCAUGUUGGAUAUACCGGUGAAUCAGACAUUGCAAUAAUACGCAAUCUGAUUGGUCAGAAGUGGACACACAGUAUGCGAAACUUUGGAAAAAUCGACUGUGGUCCGAAAAAAUAAAUGCAGCAAUAUCGCAGGACGCGAAAACGUCACUGAUGUGAAUUCUUGUAUUGACAGAAUAAAAAAAUUAUUGAGGUCUGAAAUAAUAGCACGAAAAAAAUGGUCCCGGUGUGAAAGGACCUGAAAAUUGACACACAAGAACUAAACACCUGCAUGAUAUUCUGUAAGUAGUUGUCGUCCAAUAUUUUUAGAACAAGCAGUAAUGGUAAAUUGGUGCAAUUCGUUGAGCAUGUUUGUGCAUUUAUGCUCAAUGUUACCUUAAAAAGUUGGUGCAGAGUUUGGCCAUCACAGUAAAAAAGUAACACAUCUGUGAUAAGAGUUGUUGUGGAUAGAAAUGGGGUUAUUUAGCAAUAUCUUGUUCACAGAUUCUAGACUGAAAUGUUCCCUUGCUCACCCCCACCCCUGAAAGUUAAGUGACGGUGGCCCUCAAGGACAAAAAGUUACUGUAAAACUUAGCAUGAUCCUCAACCUGUUAAGUUUUUUUUUUUUUUUUAAUCAUUAUGUUCACCAAUACAAAUUAUUUUGAGUGUAACAACCACUCUCUAAGUCUUCAGCUUUUAACUGGUUGUUUUGCCGGGUCAUUCACUGAAUACAGAAAUGUUUUACAAGUUUGUCCUUUCCGUGAUACUGUAGAAGCAUAGUAGUGCAAGAUGGCCACCUCGGUAGAAAAGGACCUUCUCCUUAUGUAAACGCAAAAGACUCAUUUUAGGUUAACAAAAACAAGCCCAUUAAACAAGGAAUCCAGGUGACUAUACAGUCAUUUAAAAUGCCUAUGAAUAAUAUUGCACUCUUAACUAAGUUAAAAGUAAUUCGUUAAUGCAUUCUACACAAGUCUGCAACUUCAUCUGUUUAAAUGUUCCUUUCACUCUCCUGAAACAGCAAGUUUCUCCUUCCAAGACAAAUCCAAGCAGAGUCAACUGUUUGUUUUCCUUUCUAUUCAGCUGGGAUGUGAUGAAACUAGUUUUUGACACUUGGUGUACCUCUUUUGGAAAAGUAGAGAGAAUCUAAUCUGAACAAUGGUGAGCAUAAAAGGACAGUAACAGUAGAGGUAGGCUUGUAGAAGCUUCAAUUUCAUUUCAUUUCAUUUCAUGUUUAUUUAUUUCAUUUCAUUCAUGAUACAUGAUAUAAUACAUUGCACUCAUCCUUUUUUUUUUUUUAUUGUAUUUUUUUUUUCUCAUGUAAUCAUGUGAAAUGAAAAGGAGCAGACAGAAGACAAGUCUUAUGUACGACUGCCCCUUCACUACAACACAUUUAUCUAUGUCAACCAGCCAGCAAUUGAUCAAAAUAUUAUGUAGUUAAGGUCCAAAAAAUACCACAAACAAACAAACAAAAGAAAAAAACCAAACAAAAAAACAAUAACAAAAAAAACAAAAAAAAACAAACAAACUGACACAUCAUCAGUCAUCCACUUCAUCCAAUUCAUAAUUUUUGAUUUUCCCUCUUUUAAACUUUUUCUUAAACUGAAACAUUGUUGUACAACUCUUCAACUCAGUAUUUUGCGAAUUCCAUAACUUAAUACCUGCAACAGAGAUACACAUCUGCUUUAGCGUUGUCCGAGCAAACUGGUGUUUAAAAUCAUAUGGUCUCCUGAGGUUUUCACUCUCUGAGCUAAUUUCAAAUAACCCUUGCAGCUGUUUUGGUAAAAACAUCUCUUCUUAUUUUAAAUCCUGCAAUUUAAUCUUACCAUCCCCAUCUUUCCUGUUGCUGUGGUAUCAUACUUAUUGUGUUCUUUAUCCUGAACCAUCAUAUGGCUGAAGUCUCUAUUUUCACUGCUUGUUGCACUCGUUGCUCACAAACAGUAGGCUCCUAUAGCAACAGGUUGAGGUUCAGAAGGUGCUGGAAUAAUUGCCCUGCACACUGGCCUGGCCAGCGUGCUAAAUUACAGUGUGCUGAGUGUGUGUAUUGAUUGGUGAUCGUUAGAGCGCAGACUGUUUUUGUUAAGCUGUGUGUAUGGCUCCUAUUUGAACAUAGUUUGCUUAAAUGGACACUCUUUAAUGCUUUACACUUCUGUCACCAGGAGGGUUACAUUUUUGGUUCAGUCAGGUCGUUUCACAGAAAAAAUAUAAAAUAAAACACACAACAGUUUUCAUGAGCAGCUUGAGUUUUCAGUAAUGAAAGAAAAAAAUCACAGGAGAUGCAAUAAAGGGAGUAAUUUAUCAGGGUGACAGUGAGUGUUGCUUUGAGAGUGUACUGCUCAGGGCGAUUAAAAGUACUACAAUCUGAGUAAAUUAGUACUUUUAGGUACCCUAAGAAAAGCAAUCAUAGCAUAUCAAAAAAUCAGGUUAUUUUUUCAUUAAUUUAUUUGUUUUGCAUGUGUUAAGCAAUGAUUGUCCGAGAAGGUACUCUGAUUUCUGCUACUUGCUACUGUAAGGUAUAGGUAAACACCAGUGUCUAUACACUUGUAGCCUAAUAUAGAAAGCAGGGAUGUUAUUUACAUCAGUAAGUCCACCUCAGGAGUGUAAAAGAAGACUAGUCUGACUGGAAGUUAGUCCAGCACAAAGCUGCAGCGUCAUAAAAAUGCCUUCCACACACGAUUUCCCUCCCCUCUGACACAAAGACACGUUGGCACAUGUUUAAUCAGUUCUCAUGCAUGGAUAAAAUUUCAUUCUCAAACAGAUAAAGUUACCAUGAAGAAGAAGAAGAGGGGUGUGCAUCACUGCACUUGAAGUAGUGUGUGUGCAGUUAUUGGCUUGUCAUGACCUUUGCCUUGCCUUUCCUCUCAGGUAGACAAUGCUAGAGUGUAUUGUGUUCCCGUUUUUAUCAGCAAGCAUUUUAAUCUGUGGAGUAUUUAUAACAUGUCGCUCCUGUGUGUGGAUCUGUUGGAGGUGGCACAAUGAAGGACGGAGGCUUUGUCAUGUGAGAAGAAUUAAGAUGAUUGUUUGGGUUUGAUGUCAGAAAAAGAUAGAGUUAAUUUGGUCAUUCAGCUUAAUGUGAAAACCCACAGGAGGAGCAGGAAACAAUUAUGUCCUUUUUAAAGGAAAAAAAAAAACACAUUUGCCCUUUUAUUUCAAACUUUCAUUAAAUGUUUCUAUUUAUAAUGGGGAUCCUUGCCCUUUUUAGAAAUCCGGAUCAUUUCUCUCAGCUCUUAGAAUGGCUCUCUUGGCCCCCAAAUAGCUUUCAGUAGUAUGGCUUAAAUAGGCCGUUUGCAGAAUUGUUUUGACCUCUGACUUAUUUAACUUCAAUGACUGAGUGUAAUUAUAUUAAAUUGUAUUACUAUCCUGAAUAACAGCCACACAUUAUCACAGCAUCCAGGCAAUGUGUGGUGUGCCUGCUGCCAAGCAGCGUGGAGAGAAGCCGCCUCUGUAUACUGUCGUGUAUUAAAUAACUAUAGAAAAAAAGUAAACAUAUUGUUCUUGUGCAUGAGAGUUGAUCAUAACGAAAUAAGUCUAAAACUUGCUCAGAAGCAGGGUUACAACAAGUUGGUAGUCUGACACAGAUUUUGAUGACAGUGGUAUUGAUCAUGAUAUUGGGGUUUCAUAGUGAUGAUUUGUUGUCUAUUUGCUGUGGUGAUGAUUAUAUUAACAAUAGUAACAAUAUGAGAAACAGAAAAACUGCUUCUAUCUACACUUUGUGUAUUGCAUUUACAGCGUUGCAUGGCAGCACCUGUAUCUGAUCAGAUUUAGACACUCAUGUUGUUUCCUCUCACUAAGAUCCUUGCUUGUGUUGAAGUUGCUCUCAAAUGUAUGACUCUUCGGACAAUAGCAUCUGCUAACUAAAAUUCUUUCAGCCAUCAUUUUAUAGACAAAACAAAACACUGAGAAAUACAAAAAAGCAGUAACAUUAAGCGAUUGGAUUUUUAAUAAAUUAAUGUAGUAUAAGCUGUAGCUGCAUGCUUUUGUUGUUGGAAACUUACUUGAACCUCGUUUUAUUAAUAUUUUAUGAGUAGUUUGAAAAUAAAGUCAAAUAAGUCCUUUUACUUCAGCUUUUUAUGUGUUUUUAGACUUUGUGAUAAAAGUCUGUUGUGAUAAAAACUGGACCUUAUUAUCAAAUGAUAAUGAAAAGGGGCCAUCAGGAGUCAUGCAUCAUCUCAGCAUUUCAUUAUUGGCUUUUUGCUUUAUAGUUAUUUUCUAAGCUCUUCGAUUUCCCUCCUUCCUCUUGCAGCUCCAGUCACUAUAAUGAAAUCAAUACUGAUAGCAGGGAGUGCUUGUUUUGAGGUAAUUUAUUCACUGUAUGUUUGUACAAGAUUUCAUUACCAAGUGAAAUUGAUGAACUGUUACAUAUACAAAGAGUCUAAAGAAUGUCAAGAAGAUGGAUGUUCAGGACUUUUCAGUUACGCAGGCAUCACUUUUGGAUGUUUUAGUAGCAGUAGAUUUUCCACUACUGCACCAACUGGUUCUUGAAGGCAAAGCUGGAGAAGUCUGUCACUGUGUGAGCCAGUUAUCAACUUAUGAAGUAAGAGCAGUGUUCAGGAAUGCUGAAGUUCACCAGUAAACUGUUUUGAAGUUAUUUUGGCCGUCUUUUAAGCCUUUGCGAAAAAAAAAGUAGGAAAGCGGGAAACUGAGGGAGGUAGUGGGGAGUGACGUGAGAAAAAGGGCACAAGUUGGUAUCAGACUGGGACUGCCUGACAGCCAAUGUCAGACUUUAUGACUGUAGAUGUGACCCUUACAGCUAAAGCAGUGGGCUCAUUUUCCAUUUAAUAAGCAAGUCCCACCUUCUGUCUCAAAUUGUGCAGCAAUUUCAAUGAAGAUCUGACAAAAGCUUUCCAAAACAACAUUUUCAAACUAUUUAAAGAUAGAAGUUGGACCAUGGCUUAAAAAUCUUCACCUGAAGAUGAAGAAGUGAGCUAUGCAGCUGGCACUAGCCAAAGCCAUUUGACAUGAAGCAAUACCCAGUCAGUGUUUUGCAUCAUAGUGCAUUACACGCAUGCAUCGCCCUGGGACGAUACAAAACCGGAUUUCCACCAUGACUUAAUAAACCCACAACAUCACUGCCUCACCAUGAACAGGGGAGAUUGAUUGUUAGGCUGUGUAACAUUCAAGUAGAGGGCAGAGGAGGAGAGAACCCACCCAGUUUUAGAACAGCAUCACCAGAGAGAUCCAAAUCUGGUCUUCCAGGGGAAAAUCCCACGGUCAAAGGUCUGAGGUCAGAGCACAGUAAUGAUGUGGGUUUGGUUAUUUGCAUGUCUACAAUUUUUUGUUAAAGAUUUCAACACAAAGCAAGAAAGACUUUGAAAGGAUGUGGUCAGACAACUUUGAUCACAUUCAGAUUAUGACCCCGUUUGCACCUGCAUCAGUGUUUUUUUUUUUUUUUUUUUAUCAAGAUAACACCACCACCACCAGCUCAUCUGAGCUCUUUUUGUAACAUGUAGCACCAUCAUGAGUCACUGAUCAGCAGUUUCCUUUUAAUUGUGAGAUAGCAUUUUAUUGAUAUGUUUUGAGAAAAGAGUUCUGCUGAUACUGAAGUUUCCCACCAGACACUGUGGAGGUUAGAUGGAGGUAGUUAGGGUUUUUUUAGUGCCAUAUUUUGCUUUUUUACAUCACCAAGCAUGCCAUUCGUAAAGCUUAUAGGAAGUUGAAAGUACCAUGUCACUGCAGUUGCUAAAUACAUUUGAGGAGGAUUAAGAAAGAGAUAUUGAAAAGAGGAAGUGAUGGUCAUAAAGGAGUAUAAAUAAUGGAAGUAUGAUGGGGUUGUUUACUUCACUGGGUUACCAUUCUGUUAAAAGCCAUUAAGCCAUAAAUAAAUACUCUUUUUCCUUAUCCUUGGAUCAGUCAGUGUGAAGUGAAGUCUAAGUUGAAAGUAAAAACUUAGAGUUUACAUCAGUUGGUGAAUUCUGCUGCUAUGAAGGAUUACAGUUGGACUGAAGGAGAGAUAAGCCCCUUUCUUCAGGGAAACAGGUUUCUGAAAGGUGUCAGUAAGCUUGAUGUGAUGGUAUCCAAAGAGUAAGUGUCAAUGUGUUCUUAUGUGAAACAUACAGAAGCUUCCUGCCGUGGAGAAUCACAGCAGGCCUUGUGAUUGCACUACAUGUUGAACUGUGGUGGUGGCAAUAGUGGAUAUACACAGAGUUACUGUGGUAUCUUCUUAACUUUCUUAUCUGUUAGUCUGCAGCAGUGCUGUAACUCAGCUGCUAUCACACCUUUGAUUUUUCUAUUGAUCCUAGAAUGACGUAAUACCAAUAUGAUUUCACACUGUGUUGAGAAGCAGAGGUAAACACACCAUUUAGUUCUGCCCUGCUGCUCUGUUGCCUCACAGUGAUCUUGUCUGGUCCUUGUAUUGCCUCUAUUUCUGCCUCUGAUGCUGUCACAGCAGUGAGAUGACUUGGUCCCACCAUUACUCCUCUAUUGAGCUGAGUUUGGAGCUCAGAGGUUAAUUUGAUUUGCAGUUGGUGGUACAAAACAGUUCAACACAUGAUAUGCAGUAACAUUGGGCAUUAUAGUGACAAACAACCAACAGCUGGUGUAAAGGUAAUAUUAAUCGUCAUCAUUUAAGAGUUAAAAGAAGUAAAAAUGUUUAAAAGUUACUGCAAGGGGCGCAUCUUUAUUAGAGGAGACAUCUUUAUCAUUUGGGAAUUUCGGUUUGACUGAUCACAGUCUUUGCUCAAAUGAUGAAGCGAUACACGCAAGAACUGUGCAAGUUCAGUGCAUUGAUUGCACAUGGAACAAAUAAAAUGCAUACAUUUAUACCUAUUUAUUCUUGUUCUUGUCCAGAGGGAAGAGAAAGAAAUUCCUCCAGAACUGGACCGGACAAAAAAUCUGCCGUGCUUUCUGUACAACUUGUCUGUCAAAGAUCCUUGUGAGAGAGAGAGCUGCUGAUCGAACAAGGUGUCAUGACAAAUAUUGUGCCAUGAACACUUCAUUAUUCAUUUGGUUUUGUGCUGCAAAUUCUCAAACAAUGCCAAUUUAAAAACCCAUGCAAAAGUUAAGCACUAAUGCAACAGUGGACAUGCACUGCAAAUGACAAAGUGCUGCAAAAAGUCUAAAUAACUGCAUUGAUGGUGAAUGCACUGCGUAACCAUAGCAUUGUCAAAAACAGAGUAAAACAGAAAACUUCUACAAAAGAUGAAUUCUGAGGAGUAGGAAGUUUUCUACAGACUUGUUGGGGCAGCAAGUGGAACAGCUUUUUUUUUUAAUGUCAUCACAAUUGAAAAUUAAAAGGUCUUUCUGUGCAUUUUGUCAUGAAGUUGUUUAUGGAACUUCAAGCAAUGGCGUCAUUAACAUAUAAAUGUUUUGAUGACUCUAUCGCUUAAGUUUGAGCUUUUCCUGCCAAGUGAAUGGAGGUUCUUAAGCUAUUGUCAUUUAGAUUUAAGAUGAUUUUAGCAGGAUUAUGUAAACAGUGAUUCCUUACAGCUGUCUGCAGAUCUCUUUUCUCAGUGAAAAAUCCUUUUUAUAAUAUUAAGGCAGAAGUUAUUCGGUUGAGAGACUCUUGGUUAGGGUUAGUAAUUGAAUGUGUCUUCAGAGUGUCCCCACCACACAGCAUCAUGUUUGCAUGCAUGUCAGUGCUUUCACGUUUUAAAGGCAUGCACCUUGAGCUAUCAUGUGCUGCCCUCUGCUUUAUUUGGAGCCCAGCAGUCGGCACAUGGACACCAACUGUGCUUUGGUGUUGACUAUAUCUGCUGCUGCUGCUCCUCCUGUGUGGCCUCCCAGUGCGCUGCCUCCCAUGCCAGUGCUGCGUGGGGUGUUUGUUCCAGUUGCUCCUUAUUUACACGCAACACUCAGGAGAAGGGGUGUGUCUCCUUGCUGAGACAGAAGGGGUUUCACAAGAACUUUCCUCCUCUUUUGGGAAGUGUACACAAACACACACAUACACACACACACACACACACACACUUAGGCAAAUCCAUGAAGUAGUCUUUUUUAUUGCGUAAUUUUCAAAAUUGGUCAAUUACCUCUAAAGGUCAACAGUUUAAGUCAGCUAAAGCAGUAGUGUGACACUUAGCACCCUUGUGACCUCCAGCGUAAUCAUACUUUUGAAAUAACCUUGAUGUUGAUAGACAGGAGGGAGCACCUUUUUGUACACAUCAGCUUUACCAUAAAUAAGGUUGUAGCAAGACCAUUUUAACAGGAAUUUGUUGUCAUGGUUGCGAUGUGAUUAAUCCUUCAGCUUGGCUGAUAAGUUGACCUUGUCAUUUUCGAUCUCGCUGAGGUAGAGCAUGUGCAUUGUUUGUGCAUAAUGUCAGCAACAGCCUCGUGCGAAGAUAUAAUGUUUCUAGUUGAUCACCUUGAGCAUUUCUUCAUGUGCUGUUCUUUAAAGAGGGGGAUAAAGCUUGUUGCUAUGAAGGACAGCUGCCCUAUGAUGACAAUGUUUCUCUGUCUGACACCCAAGAACUUUAGUGAGGCUCAUUCACCACAUCAUCUGUUAUUUUAAAUACUUAUCUUAAUGUGAUUCCUUUGUCCUCAAAAAUGUCAAAUUAAAAAAUAAAAAUUCUCAGAGGACAGAAUGAUAUGUUUUGUCUGAAAUGCCCAAAGUGAACUUAUCCGUGACUCUCAGUUGUUGUUGCAAACUUUAAAAUAUAUUAAGGGCAUUUAUUUGGACUUUAGUGUCCUGUAUCUCAGUUUUGAUCACAUCAUUGGAAACAAUAUUUUCAAUGUCUGGUCAGUUAUAUUUCUGUGUACAUGAUAAAUCCUUGCAACCUGGUAUUAUAUUACUGCAUGUUAUCUGCACAGGUUCCUACCAUGUUAAUGUUUUGCAAUGUAUCGUUGCUGCAACUUUUGAAUCAGAGAAAAUAGAGACUACUGUACUGUUGCCUUAUUAGGGCUUACCUCCAUAAAUGCUGAUGUCACAUUGUAGAUAUGGUAUAUCCAUCUCAUUUUUAGCAACAGGAGAAGAGAGCAACAGCAAAAAUUAGACAUAUUCUCAACUCUGACAGGUGUUAGCCUGUCACCGCAGCCAUUUAGGACAAAGUAGCAAUGGGUGAAUAUUAACUGUGUUUGAAAAAUCUCAGUGCCACAGCUGCUACAAUGCUGAUUGUAAAAUCUGGUUGUGAAAUAGUUUUCAACCAGAUUUAAACAUGACUGGUCAUACUCUGUCACUUGUCAGGCUGUAAAUACCUUCAAAGGCACACUUAGGCCCCAUUCACUAACACUGUGUCUGCAGAGAUAUGUUACGUUCUGAGCAGUGUAUUCCUUUUAUGGACAGUUUCCUAAAAGCUGGAGUGAGUGUUGAAUCUCAAUAUGACAGUUUCAGUGGUCUUUGUCCCCCACCUUUUCCUUCCCCAGUUUUCCAUCAACUUUGAUGUGAGACUGUUUUUUUUUUUUCUCUCUUUUUUUUUUGUCUUGCUCUUAUCUUUGCUGCACAACAUUCAUCACCUCAGCUAUUCCAAAAGGAGCCAUCGUGGGGUUUAGCUGGUAGAGCAGACACCCAGUCCACAGAGGCUGCAGUCCCCCAGUUUUAAAAAAAAUUCAGAUUUAAACUUGUUGGGUCUUGUAUGUUGAUAAUAGAUCGAUAAAUAAGAAAAGUGAGAUAUAUAUUGAUGUAAAUAUAUAGAUAGAUAUGUGAGCAGUACUUUAAUCAACCUGCAGUCCUGUUCUUCUCUUCUUUUGCUCUGUACUAAAUGUGCUGCUAAUUCAGACUCACAAUGCACAUGAUAACCUUGAUAACAGUCGCACUUUCCCAGCAGCUCAAAGCCACUUCAGCUGAUCAGACGCUGAACAGACGUGGGAAAAAAACAACACGUCAUCUUUUUCCCCAGGGAGAUUCUCUACACUUAGUGCUGGUAGUCAUGGGGUUUUCCAGCUGUUGCUCAGCAGUAUGCUCAAAGUUUAGUAGGGAAAUGUGCUGUGAGUCAUUUUAGUCUUGUUGUCUGGCUAUUGCAAUGACUAUUAUAGGACAGAAUAAAGUCAAACAAGGGUGGGGUGGGGUGGUGGUAGUAACAAGGACCAUAGUGAAACCAUCAUGACAGAUUUUAAGAGUAAAUUGUGAUGGAUACUUUUAAACUAUUGAUAAAAAAACCCAAGUUACACGAGCUGCAAAGCAAUGCUGUUCUCUUACUGUCAAUAAUGCUAAGCUUCCGUUGGAUGUGGAAAUUCAUGAUUUUGUAGUUCACUUGUUCACAUACAUGCCUCAGGUUAAUGCAUAGAGAGAUUACAGCUGGGUACAGUCGGAGUUCCUUGGUGAUGGUGUUGGUGGGUAUCGGGUAUCAGAAAUGUGUAGGGAGACAUGUGAGUAUCAUGUUCUGCCUAUUCUGAAUGAAGGGCCCAAGGAUAACCUCCACAACCCCGCCCCUGUUACCAGGGUACGGUCAAAGGCUAGAAAUGAAACUGAUCACUCAAACCCUCAGUCAUCUGUGGUGUCUUUGAGGACUGAGCUGACUCAUCACCAGAGUCAGCUUCUGUUUUAAACCUGCUAAUAACAGUAAGAAUAAGAAUGAGAAUAUUGUCAACCUGGCAAUCCAAGAGAGAGGAAAGAAAACACUGUACUUUUUUCAUCCUCAUCCCGUUUGUCUUUUGGUCAGCUGUUAGGUGUCAAACAGGAAAACAAACUCCAUAGCAGCUUCACAAGCUGUGGUCAGUGGUCAGUGUGGUUUGGCAUGGUUUGCAUAUUUUGUGUGUCUGUAGUCAAAAGUUGGGGAAAGUUCCCAAAUGACUUUUGUCAUUUUUUUGUCUACUUUUUCUUGGGCUAAUACAUGUACUGAUUAGAGAUGCACCGAUCCAUUUUUUCCGAUCCAAUCCGAUACCGAUACCCGGGCUGAGCAUAUCGGCCGAUAUCCGAUACCGAUCCAAUACCUCUGUUGAAUGAAUGAACUAUAUACCUUGCCCUGUGAGUGAUGGCCUCAGGCUUGACAUUAGCCUAGUUAAAAAAAAGGUAACAAAUUAACACAGAUAUAAAUGUACUUAAUAUUAUUUAUUAACAAAUAAAACAUUACACAUUAGCACCAAAUGUUUACAUAGAAGUCUUACUUCUUUUUGCUGUGUGCUAAAGAAUAGAGAGACAUAGAAUAAAGAGUGAACAGAAUUGCUGUGUAUGAUAUUAAUUAAAAGGAAAAAAAAAGACUGGAUCGGAGCGCUGGAUCGGCGUCAUUCAUCAGAUAUCCAAUCCAGUUAAUUUGUCAACAUCUGGGCCGAUAUCCGAUCCAAAUAUCGGAUCGGGGCAUCCUUAGAACCAAUUUUUACUUGUCCAGCUCCACAACUUUUCAAAAUUCUUCUAGGCAAACUUAAGUGAGUGUUGAGUUUAAGUUUGAACACUAAGCACAUGCAGAAUUUGCUGGUGUGGGGUUAGAAAGGUAGUUUUACUUUCAACAACAGUAAAAAAAUGACAGCGUCACCUGAGCCUGCUGUGUCAAGUACAGAGAUAAAUGGAUUACCAGCAGGAGAGUGUGCUGUUACCUGAGAUGAUUGAGGUGUGGCUGUUCAUGUGUGUAGAAAAUUCAAAACUUCCAUCAACCACAUGGAAAGUUUUUUGUUUUUGUGGUUCGGCAUAAUUUUGAAUAGCUGAUUGGAACUUCAUGUGUCACUGCAGACACGCAUGCACCACCUGGAUAAGAUGGGAAGGGAAGUCAUGGGAAUGUUUCAGGAAGGAAGCAAAAAUCUUAGUCACCAUUUUCCUACAUAUUAGAUAUGAGGAAAGUCUGAAUCUGUCAGCUGGUGUUGUUCCCUUUAAGAAGCCCGUCCUUGUAAAAUAUCACAUUUCCAUUUGCUAGUUUGCACAUUAUACACAGGCUUCUUCAACUGUGACAACAUCUUUUUUUUAGUGCUUAAGGUUGAUUUAAUUAUGGAACAAAAUUAAUACAAAAGAAUUAAUAGGAUGGUACUGUGUGGGCUGUAUUGUGCAGUCACUUACAACUAAUGCCCCAGAAAAGAUGAAGAAUUAUCUUGAAAACAGUGGCUAAAAAAACAGGACAAGUGAUUUGUCGACUGAGGCAGUCAUGAUGCUCAUUUUGUUGAAGGGUUAUCAAGGCAAGAGAAACGUUGAGACAGCUGAGAAAAAUAUGGUGUCACAGUUUUAAGACUGAAGAUGACAGCUUUGAAAAGAUCUGAGUAAUGUCCUACAGUCUGAAAAUCUUCCAAGAGAUUAAUGGGAGAGUUUGUGUGAGUACAUCACUGAAAAAUAGAUUAGAGGUCUGCCCAUGACCAGAGCUGCCAUCCAACUGAAAACUUUGGAGAUUGUUGCAGAGGCUUCAUGUGACUGUUUGUAUCCUAGAUGGAUGGCCUGAUAACAAACAAUGUUUUAUGGUAGCAUAAAAAUACAAGCAUCUAAGAAAGAGGAUUCGGGCCACAUGAAGGGAAAAAAAAUACAUCAAGGAGAUUAAAGUUGAAAUUUUGAGAUUAAAGUCAAAACUUCGAGAUUCAAGAUUGAAGAUUAAAGUCAAAAUGUCAGGAUUACAAAAUGUUGUAAAUAAUGUCAAAAAUUUUAGAUUUAAAAACAUUUAAAUCUUGAGAUUUAAGUAGAAAUUUUGAGAUUUAAGUAGUCGACAUAGAUAAAGUCAAAAUUUGGACUUUUUAAAAUUUCGACUUUUUGACUUUUUGGUAGGUAUCACAGGCCAGUGUGAUUAUUUAUAAUUUUUUAAUUUGAUCUAAAAGUUCCACUUUAAUCUCAAAGAUGUUGAUAACAACUUUACUCAGAGGGUUUUGGAAACAGCAUAUCCAGUUUGAUUCAGUGUGUUUUUAACCAUUGUUAUUUUCAAAUACAAGUCCUGUACAUGAAAAGAUUUGAUCCUAGAGAUGUGAUUAUUAGAUUUAAUCUUGAAGAGGAGAGGUCAUCUCUUUAUCAAGAUCAAACCAUGACAGUAUUAUUUACACUAUUACACAAUAUCAAUACAAUUAUGUACAGUGUUGUUUGGGAAAUACUCAUUUGAUAAAAGAAAUUAAAAGCCUUGCCUUUUUUCCCUUUUUAAUUUCCCUCUAUCUUCUUGUAGUGGAGUUUGUCCUUGUCAGUAAGGAGGUGAAACUGGUGUGUUUCCUCAUAUGAUCAAAUGGGGGCAUCAGAGUAUCAUUAUUAGGGCUUGACUGUGUGCUACCUGAGAGGAGAAGAAAUGUCAAGUUAAAGGAAGCUUUUUGGCAAAUUUAGAGCUUUUUGUCAUGUCUCCUCAAACUGCAAACAGCAACUGUGAUAGAUAUGUUAAUGUUGCUGUAUGUCUGUUUAGAGAUUUAGCCUAUUUCUCAUCAGCUUGAAAAUUCCAGCUUCAAACAGUUGUAAUUAAAUGACAUCUAACUGAGGGUGAUAAACUCAGGCAGACCCACUUAACCUUUGUUUAGAGACAUCAGUAUGAAGUUAAUGAACCAUUGUGACUUUUCAUGGCUGUCUUUUUCUGUUCUAUUUUCAAUUAUACUAUAAAGAGGAAAUUUGCCAGAAAAUUCUAUGUCUGUCAGCCUGACCCCAGAGAUUUUGGAGAGAAGCAAAUGAUCAGUUAUUAUGUGCCAACAUUGUUGCUUAUGCUGCAGCAGCUCCUACUGGAUUUUAUUACAGCAAAGUAAAGACAGAGUUCCCUUUUUCUCAACCCCUGAUCCCUGUAUAAAAAAAGAAAAAAAAACUCUCACUGCAAGAGGAAGUGAUAGAAAGGAUAAUUACCCCGUGAGAGAAGUCACAACACAAACUCACAUGACAGACCACGGCAUUUUAAUUUGCUCCAUCAUGAGUUACCAGGACGAAAUAUGCAGCUUUUAUGCUUUAAUGGCUUUAUAGAUGGUGAAGUUUAUGAUAACCAAACAUGUACUUCUUCCCUAUACCACCAGAGGGCACUGUCAGUUAUUGCAGUAUGAAAGACCCCUCAGCAGAACAGAUGAGUUAUGUUGUAAUCAGGGACAGUAUCCCUCCUGCAGUGCAAACUAGCUAUUAUGUAAAUGUACAGAUAGUUUUAAGUUAUGCUUUAUUUUUAUCGUGCAAAACUAAAUGAAAUUUGAUAACAAUGAGUGAAGAAACUACAGAUUAAUUAUGAUUUUUAUCACCUUGGACCCAUACCUAAUUGUUUUUUUCUAUUACCAAUCUACAGUGAAAUCAUGUUUUGUUGCUUUGAGUUUACCAGAACAUUCAUUUACUACCAAACUCUUUCACUGCAGUGAUUUGUGUCCUUGGGCUGUACUCUGUGUAUCUGCAGCAAAUUUAAUCUCCUCCCCUCUUCCCCCACAGACUCAAUCAAUACUUCCACUUUUAGAUAAGAAACCUGAGCCUGUGAAAAAAAGUUCAGCUCACUAGAUCCUCUGAACUUCGGGGCUGAAAAGCAAACCAGCAGGAUUGAAUCAUAAUGUGUGCACAACAUUUUCUCAUGCCCCUGUUUUUCAGUGCUGCUGUUUAUAAAGGAAAUGGGGAUGUUAAAGCCCCCUUGUCCACCAGUGUGCCCAAACAUGGGGCUUUAAUGUUUUUACUGGUAUGAUCCAGCUGACACAGAAAAGACUGAUCAAUCAGCCAUGGCCCCCUGAGACUGAUCCAUUUGUGUUUGAUCUCAGUUUUUGUGAUUGAUUUAUUGAUUUAGUGACUGAAAAAACAGCUUCUGGUAUUUUUCUUAUAGAGACAACACAAUAAAUGAAUUUUCUCUGCCUUUGAUUUUUAAACAUUAGAGAAAUUUAACCUCUUUCAUUUGUUUUAUUUAAAUUUUGUUUUAGCCAGGACAUUGGCUAAAAUUAGGGGAAAACUUUCCUAAUUUCAACACAGUCCAUGUCCAGAAAGAUGCAAGAAGAAGAAAACUCUUAUUUCACCAGUAACAGUUACUUGACAACUGGGGCUCUAUUUUCGUGCCUCGCCAGAGACUUGGUGCAGGUGCGGCGUAAGUCAGGUCUGCCGCACCGUCAAGGCGUUCCCAAGCACAAUUUGGUAUUUUGGUGAGUGGCGCAGACCGGUGUAAGUAUCCCCCCUCCCCCCUAAAUAUAUAUUUAUACUGUAGAUAUCUCCAGUAUAAAUAUAUAUUUUUUAUAAUUUAAUAUAAAAUUUAAUCAGCUGACAAUUAGCUGAUUAAUCGGUAGUCAGAUUUUUUUCACCCCUAGUAAUCAGCAUUGGCCCCCAAAAAUCCAUAUCAGUGGGGCCCUAGUUAAUACCCAAUUAUGCCAAACGUGUAACCAUAGUAUCUUCAUGUCUUCAAAGUGGAUGGUGGAUCACCCCUGGCUGUCUUGGGUUAGUCCUGUCUUAAUAUUCUGAAGAAUGCAGGUUUUUAAAUCUUAUUUGAAUGUGUUUUGUCUCAGCUCCUCUUAAUUGUGAUGUUAAACGAAUUGAGCAUUCUCAGCAAACAAGUGGUGUGCUCUCUCCAGCACCCCACAGAAAACAGAAAAGUUGACUGACAGUAAACUUAGGGGGGACUCUGGAGAGACACAAGCCACUGCACAGACACAAGGACUGCUUUCACUCUGUCCAGACUGGAUUUGUCACAAUGGUUUUGUGCUCACUUGCUGAUAAGACACAGGGUUUGAGAGCUGGUUUGCUCUGGUGACCCAUAGAAAUGUUGAAGUGGAAAACAGGGAAAUGCCUUGUUACUGGCUUGCCUGCUCCAUUGUUGGUCUUCCUUUCUUUCUCUUUUUAUAACCUUGCAGAAAGACGGCUAACAGUCCGUAGAGGAAUUAUUACCUUUGCUAAUACUGAUGCACUCUUUCUAAAAUUUGUCUCAACAUUUGAGAAAGUUUAGGACUUUGAUAUAGUUUUGACGUCAUUGUUGGACAAAGCUUUUUUCUUCAUAUUGUUAAUAGUUUGUGUUCCUUUGCUUUGACUCUUUCACAGCAGCAUUUCAGUCUGUAAAAUGGUUAUGUCAUAGAUACUGUCAUGCCCCUCUUUCUCAUGUGUGUUAUGAGAUAUUGCAUCAGACAUGACACAAUGAAAAACAGUGUGAUAUCUUCAGUGUCACAACAUGCCAGUCUGAUUUUCAGUCCCCACUGUGUAAUGAUGUGAACGCUCUCAUGAAAGGGACAUUGUCCUGCUGGCCUGGAUGCACAGACUGUCCCUGAGAAGCAGCCCGACUGUCUGGUCUCUUAAUCAGUGGAAACCAGUUAUAUCACUGCUCAUUCGCUGAGUAGAUAAGUGCCCUCUUUGUUACCUUGGAAAUAUCACAAUACUUUCUGAGCACUCACGAGCUAUUUCAAACAGUAUAUUAGCCACUCCACUUACUAAAUAUUUGAUUUGAAAGUCUUUAGUGAUAGUGUGAUAUUUGCGACCAAACACUUACUGGAAGUACAAUCUUUGAUUGAAACCUGAACAGUCAUCUCUAUAUCAGGUUGAAGGCAUGCUGAAAUACCUUAGUAGAAACCUUACUGAUGACACUGUAAGUGUAUAUUUGACCAUUUUACACUGAGAUACUUUACAUUUUUGCACAACCGCAACUCUGCAUUAAAACAAAAAGAACUGCACUGAUAAGGCAAGAGUCUGACAGUUUAGAUUCUAGUUUUCUUUCAUGCAGAAAUAUUUAACAGAACAUUUGAUAAAUCUGAUUUAACUUUCCAGAAUCUGACUGAAUUCUUCUAAGACUUGUCCCCUUGUAGUUUAUGGGAUGCUCUUAAUUAUACUUGGUAAAAAAAAAAAGCUUGAGAAAAACAGGUUCUUAUAUUUUUAAAACUGUGUUGUUAAACUAAAUGCAAUCACAAAUACAGUAAAACUGCCGGAGCAAAUAUUGGGAUCAAAUGCAAGUUUAGAUUUAGAUUUAUUAGAUUUUGCUGGUCCCUCUGCUUGUUAGUUAUGUCCAUCUACUGACUCCCAAAGCUUUACAUGUUGUUCAUCCCCUGUGCAAUGGUUAAUUCACAUAAGAUUGGACAAGUUCUUCCUGGCACAGACAGAACUCUUCAGAUUGACAUCUUUUAAGCAACAUUUCAAAGCUGAAGUCAUGUGAGUGCUGAUAAUUACAUCCAUAGAUGUUGAUUUCAAGGCUGACGUUGUUUGUGUUUGGUCCCCCGGCGCUGUUUAUUCUCUCGUUUUUUAACUUUAGACAUGGAGGCAGCGCUGCUAACCUUGCUAGUUGUAAUGAGUGAAUGCUGCAUGUGUUCUCGAUGCACAUGUGCAGCAGUCUGUUACAAGGCUCGGUUGUAUUCAUUGUAUUCAAUUUCAAGGGAUGUUUUCGCUGUUUUUUACUUAAUAAGUGUCAUACUUGUAAUCGAAAUUUUUCACAUUGUAAAAAUAAAAAUCAAGACGUCACCCCAGGCAAUAUACAAUACAUUGCAUCCCUACUACAAACAGUUCAAAUGAAAAGGCCCAAACUUACUACAGUUUCAGUCAUUUCAUUUACAGAUGGGUACAUUGCAGUCCAAUUUGCUCAUUUGACCAGUAGUGACACUAAUAACCAUCCAAGCACAUCAUUAGUAAGAAGAAGCCCACCAUCUCCCACUACACUGAAAUACGAUGCAAUACAAUAGUAUACAACACGACAUGAUAAGAUACGCCAGAUACGAUACAAUACAAUGUGACAUGAUUUGACACGGUAAGAUACGAUACAACAUGACAUGAUAUGACACGGCAAGAAACGAUACAAUGCAAUAAGACACGCUUUAACACAGUAAGAUAUGAUACGAUACAAUACAACAUGAUACUAUACAAUACAACACAAUAUGACACGGUAAGAUACGAUACGAUUCAAUAAUUCACAAUAAGAUACGACACGAUUUGACACGUUAAUAUACGAUGCAGUACAAUAUGACACAAUAGAAUAUGAUAGGAUACAACAUGGUAAGAUACGACAGGAUAAGAUACGAUAAGAAAAGAUACAACACUAUAGGACAUGAUACGAUACCACACGACACAAGACGAUGUUGUUUAAUCCUCCCCUUGGGGAAAUUUAUCCUGACUUUUGCAUUGCACUUCCUCAUCAGCAUCCUUUGUCCUACCAAUAAAUAAAACAAAUGAAUAAAACAAUGUUAAAAAUGAGCAAUAAGCUAUAUGUGAAGGCAACACAUUGCAAGGCCACCACAUCAAACAAGCUGCUCAUAUGGAACAUUACCUCUACUGCACAAGAGGACAGCAUGGAAAGAAAAAAACUAAUUAGAUAAGCACAUGAUGAUGCUAUUGCACAAGCCCCAAAGCCACAAGAACCACCAUUUAGCAUAAAGGGGAAUACAGGAAGAGGAUAGUUAUCAAGAGCAAUGAUAAGAUGUUUUUUAGUCGAGCUCCUUUUCUCUUGGGUGGUCACUUCUCCAUUUUAAAAGUGUUGUUGGAUGACUGAAGUAGAGGCUGUUCCAGAUGUUGCUGGUGGUAACGAGACGUUCCUUGGCAAGAUAUUCAUUGACAAGAUGUCCUGUGUUUGCACAACACAAAUGUGUCACCUUAAAAGACAUAAAUAUUGUCAAAAUUUUAGUAUGAAGAUUACAUCUUGAGCCUUUUUACACUUAAAAUGAUGUUAGGCUAAUACAAUUGUACAUCCCCCUUUUUAAUAUGUGUUAUUCUGUUUUGUUUUUCGUAUUUUUGUUAUUUUUGAGGGUGUAAGUGGCUCUGUUAAUUUUUAAGCUUUGGAGAAGGGAUUGCCUCAUCUAACUGUUACACAGCGCUUCUCCUAUCACAUGCAACUACAUAUAUAAAUAAACACCAGAUUGUGUUAGAUUAGAUUUUGUGUAGUGAAAUCUUUAAUUGGAAUGAUGUAAAUCAGAGGGGGAACUAAGUUUGUUCCUCGAAAUACUAACAGCAAGCUUAUUUUGGUAACAUCAAUUGAGAGUCAGUUAUUUUCAUGUGAGUGGGUCAGGAGAUGAGAGCCUGAGAGAUGAAAAUAUGAGCAGUCGUGGAUUGGGAAAAGAUAUGUAAUUUUAUUUAUCGCGGCAUCAAACAAGUCAUUGUGGCUUAGCCUGUUUACGGAGAAUUCAGCCGUUUAACUAACUGAAAUAUUUUGAUGUUUUAUCAAGGAGUGUCUGACAUCAUGCCCUGAAUACCUCUGUAGGGCAUUACACUCUCUAAACCACAUGGAAUUUUCUGUCUCUGGUUCAGUCAUCAGGGAGGAAUUCUGGAAAUUGCAUAAGUUGCAAUGCAAGAAAAAAAAGGGCGAUGCUUUCCUGUAAGCCGGUCACUCUGUCUGCCUGCCUGUCUCUCUCUUGGACUCCCUCGCCUCCCGCUGCACUCCCUCCCCUUCCUAUUUCCUGCAGGCACCACCCUUCUGCUGACCGUGUGACUCUUUAUGUUGGGUAACUAAAAAGUGAGAGGGGAACAUGUUCUGGGUGGGUCUCCAAAUGUGAAGCAGCUAAAUGAGUCUCCAGAGCUGCAGUAUAAUAAAGAGCAGCCCAUCGGCAUUCUCUGCAGUGGCCUUCUUACUCUAAAGCAGUGUUGGUCUGCCAUUUCCCAUCACACAGGAGUGUCUGUUAGUCAGGAUGAGGUCUAAUGCUUUCUAUCAUUCCCUGUGUACUCUUACUCUGAGGAAAUGACUGGUGUUCGGAUCAGCCAUUAUGUCUGCAGAUGGACUUGACUUUGAGCUCUGCUCUCUGUGAUUGUGAAGCAGUCUGCCCAGACCACAUAGGGAUUAAAAGAAAAGACAAAGGGGGGAAAAAAACAGCGAUAUCCUCAUUGUUUCCUUUGGUUGUUUUUGUAUUUUCCCUCUGCACACAAAAUCUGUUUGUCUUAAGACUAAAACCAGGCUAUUUUAAGACUCGGAGACUGUUUAACAAGCCAAAAAUAAACAGACUUUGUGACUGAUCCGGGGAAUUUUUUUAACUCUAUUGACUGUGAAUCAGUUUACAACAGAUCCAGCACCCAUUUUGCAAAGAUGACCCUGCUCUCUUGGACAAAUUUUUUUGGGGGAUCCACUAGGAAUAGACUUCAGCCUCAAGGUCUGAUUUGCAAAGCGUAUUGCCUUAAUAUUUAAGUGCAAAUAUUCCCAUAAAAUUAUGCGGCUUUGUGAAAUUUGCAGAGAUUGGGCCACGGACAGCUCCUGACUGAAUUAACUCUUGAUUCUUUUUACACAAAAAUAAUAUAAACAUGCAUUAUGUACUAAUAUAUUGUCAUUUAUUUGUCAUGCAGAGGAGGAAUUAGUUUCAUGAUUGCUAGGAAGAUUGAGCUUGACAACACUCUCAAAUGCUGCAAUUCAAUUACUUUUGGAUUUCAAUCUAACUGCACGGUAUAGCGUGAUAAACUCAAGUGCAUUUUCAGUGAAGCUCAUAUGCAUAGAAAGAGGCAAAUGUGACUCAAAAUGAACCUGGUGUUGCAAACAUCCGUGCAUAGUUACACUAUUUGGCAUGUAGUUCAGUUUGUGGUGCAUUUAACCCUUUACAUGUGCUUUGUGUAAUUCUCUUUUUUUUUUUCAGCCCAUUAGCACAGGUAUAUGUAUAUUUUUUGAGUUACAACUUGUCAAGUGAGCCAGGCCUGCUGUAUGCGCUACAGACUCAGCGGAAGGUCUUGCAAAGUGUGAAACCACAGUGCUCCAGUGUGUGAAAACACCCUUUCUGUUCUACCUCUGACUUUUAAGUGUAGUUAGAAAGUUUCCAUAUUUGCAGAUGUUCCUGAAGUUCAAACAGAUGCGUAUAUCUAUGAUAAAGCUGAUAGUUGCUGAUCUUGCCCCUGUGAUAUAUUUCUUAAGUUCUGCUUGGAAUCACAUUUUCUCUCACGGUGCAACUCUUAUUUUCAGUUUUGCUCUGAGGAGACAUGAGCAUGAAGUUGACACUUGUAUUGAUUCUCUUUCCUUCUUAUGCAGCACCUCUCUUGGUUUCCCAUCCAACUCUCUGAGAGUAUAUAAGAUACAGUCCACUUUGUAAGAUUUAUUUGCCUAUAUUUGCUUACUCUUUAUGAGCCUGUGUCUAUAUGUCUUUAAAUCUGCCUUGCCCCCUCUGACCAAGCACAUAGGAUCAAAUGACACUGGAUAGGAAGUGAGAAAAUGCAUAUGUGCCUGUCUCUGUGUGAGAGUGAGUGUGUGUGUGCAAACCCUCCUCAGUGGAGCAGCCCUGGACUUCCUCCUCUCGUGGAACAAAGGCGCACAGUGCCGGCUUUUGUUGCGUGUGAGACAGGACGACAUUCCUGGACAGAUGAUUUUCUCUCAGACACAAAAAGAGCCUCAUCUAUGCCCUCACACACACUCUAGAGCAGAAAUGCAUGUAAUGUUUUCUGAAAGUGUGUGUUUGUGUGUUCUGCCCCCCAAUGGGCGGGGCAGCCGUGCUGUUCCUUAUUUGGAUACGGGGGUUGGGGUCACAUGGGUGUACAGGAGAAUCUUAACGGUAGGAAGAAAGAAUAAGGAGUUAGAGUAAACAUCUGCCUCGUGGAGUCAAGUACAAGAGAACAGAAAGUCUGGACUAAAUAAAUAAACAACUGAGAAGAGGAGUAAGGAAGAAGGAAAGGAGUGACAGCUGUUGGACAGAGGCUGAGAGAGAGAGAGGAGAAGCAGAACAGGGAGAGAGAGAGAGCGGGAGAGGGAGGAGACGGGAGGAAAAGAUAAGAGUGGGACAAACAAGAGACACUGAGAGGAAGCACAUGGUGUAAAAAUGCCCACCAACUUCACCGUGGUCCCAGUGAAGGACAACGAAAGAAAGGCAAAAAGAAGGGCUGAGGGAGAAGAUGUGGAUGACAACAAUGUCCUGAAAGAAGAAGACGAAGACGCCACAGGUGGGAUCAAAUGUGAUAUUUUGGCAGGGUUAGGUGGUUGAAUAACGGUUAAGAGACGUGUCAUGCUGCUCCGAGUAAACAGUUUUUUUUUCAGAUGUGUAGAUUUGAAGAUUAUGUAACUUCACAGGUGUUGGAUUUCUUUGUAAGAUUUCAAAGAAAUACAUCUUGCCUGUUGAGAGAGAAGAUUAAAAAAAGUUGUUUUUUGGAAAGUUCCAGGUUUUGCUUACAGUGUCCAGAGCAAGAUUAUAAUUUGUCUUUGUCGCUUUGGUGAGUGUUGCCUUUAUUUUUCAGAGAACCUGUUUAUAGAUUGAGCUUGUGGGUGGAUAAUAUGUAGGGAACACAGUAAAUUUUAGGGCAGGGCGGUUCAUUUUCCAGUAACUGUAUAUGAUGACGGUUUUUGUCACAUACCACCACCACUCAGGGGAGUUUAACCUGAAAUUUGUUCCAUGACAGCAUUUGUCCUUCACCAUGAAUCAUUUUCCUGUUUCCUUUUACUUCCUCUAUCUAUUUUAAAGUCUUAUGGAGUACAUCACAUGACUAAGCUCCUGCCUGCCUUACAGUAUUGUUGAUUUUUUGUUGUUUAUUUUCAGUGAUAUUUUUAGGUUUUUCAUUCAUUGUAUUGCCUGGUAUCCAAGCAUUGUUGCAACAAAUCAAAGACCAACACUAGCUCUCUAAUUAGGCCACUCUUGCACUUGCACCUCUUAACAUCUCUCUGUGUUGAUUACCAUUGACAUGCAACCUCAGACAUGACACCCUCUGAGCUUUCAUUUUUGGUAACAUGAUAACUCAUGGUUUACAGAGUGCCUUGGCAGGAAUUUGGUUCCAGGUCCAACACAACACAACACAACACAAACAAUUUAAGACAUUGAAGAGAAGUGAAAUAGGACAUUAGGGCUGCAGCUAUCUAAUAUUUUAGUAAUCUAGUAUUCUACAGAAUAUUCCAUCGAUUAAUCAAGUAAUCGGAUAAAACAUAAUUUUUUUUAGUUAAAGUGCAGUUAUCGUGGAAUAAGCGUGUGCGUUAGUGGAUUACAAUGCUUGUUAGAAAACUAAUUAUGAUAUUAACUUUCAUCAUGUCCCUAAAGACAUUAGUGUCCAAGAGUUGAAUAGCUCCUAUGUUACCUGCCACUUCUACUACACCAACAAUUUUAGGCUGCAAGCCUGCAUGAAAAGGAGUGUGCAGAGCAGCGCUGUCUCCGCCUACGACUCAGAGGUGAAUUCCUAAUGAGCUACUAGAGCUCUGCAGAAGAAAAGCCCCUCUUAUCAUUAAUUUUUUUCUGCUCCGCAAAACUAAAUUGCUUACUCCUCCUUCUACUGUGGUGACGCAAGCGCGUUGUGUCACUUUGAUAAUAAUCCGUGCGAAACAGUGAUGAUUCAAGCUUAUAAACGAGUACUUGAGACAGAGAAAAUGACAAUCAUUUUUUGUAAUCAAGGUACUCAAGGAAUCAUUUCAGCCCUGUAGGACAUGUCCAACAGCUUCUUGCAAGUUAAGCAGAGCACAAUCUGGUGCUAGGUGUGUGCAGGGGUUGAAAUAUAUAGGUCGGAUAAAGUCUCUCUAUUUUUCAAAGGAUGUAAAAAAAUCAAAUGAGUGUGUCUGUUCUCAGUCCCUUUGACAGUCUGAGGCACCUGCAGGCAGGGGUGUUACUAUUUACACAGCAGACUUUAGCCUCUUUGAAUAGAUUGGUCUCGAGCUGGCAUAUUUAACUCUACUCCUUCUACUGUGCUUUUAAAAGUGCAGAAAAGACACACAGGAGUUAAGUUACAGUUAUGUCAGUGCAUUUCUCCAUAUUCACUAAAACAGCAGAAAUGAAAAUAACUUAUCAAAUGACUGAGACGUGCACACUCUCACGCAGCAGUAUUAACUUUAUGAAAGUAUUUGGCCCAUGCAGAGAUGAGGUGUGUAAGGAGAUAGCUCAUCUUCUGGCAUCCUGAUAUCUGCCCCAUACUUUAUCAUUGUGUGUGGAGGAGACAGGAAAAAUACAACAACAGAGAUGUGAUAUUAUUUCUCUGUGUGUGUGUAAAAAGCAAAGGAAUGUGUGUGAUAAGCCUUGUGCUAUCCUACUGUCUUGCUAAUGCUAAUAUAACAGAAAGGACCUGAACCAUGGAUAUCAGAUUUAUGACUAGCUUUCUUUUGGUUAAAAAUGCAGAUGCUGUCUAUUUCCACAGGAUAGCAACACGCCACUUUGGUGAUAGACCACAUUUCAUUUAAGACUAACAUACCUCUGGACGCUUACAUAAGUGCAAGUUAACUCACAAUUUAGACAAUUCUGGUACUGUACCUAAACAGUGAUGAUUGGUAUAAGGUGAAAAAUAAAACUGGCCUAUUGUCUUUUGGAGUGCUGGGUCAAAGUCCAUGAUGGUUAAUGACUCUUCUUGCUGCUUUAUUCUUGAGAUUUACCAAAUAUCUCUAAAUGAUGAAUCUGAAGUAAUACUGUACUCUGUUAAUACUGAUAGUUUAGUUUCUAUUGAGCUAACGGUUGGUUGGAGGUCAGCUGAGUUGACUUGAUAACAGUUGUCUCGUGUUUGCUCCAUGACCUGAGCACUUUUUUUAUUACCAAAGUUCUAUUUCACAGCGAAUCUCUGUAAACCUAACCGAUUUGUCAGCAAACUAAAAGGCAGGGCAGUAUUUUAAAACUCCUGAAACUCCUUUUUUUCUGAUGGAGAAGUCAUAAAGUGCAUAUUUAACUAACUCCUCUACCACUCCAGAUUGUGCCAGAGUGUAGUUAGUGAAGGUGCUGCUUUUACAGCACUUCACAUGGCUGUAAAUUUCUGCUUUGGAGCCGCAAUUAGGCCGCAUGCUGGGUAUGAUUUUUACUGACUCUGGGAGAGAGAGAGAAAGGAAUGUUAUCCUGAUGGUUAUGCAGGAUAUCAUUCUGCUGUGUGCUCUGGGUUCAACCGGUGGAUGUUUGUGCACAUGCAACCAUUUGUCUCUGACAAUGGCUGGGGUGAAACAAUAGGAAGAAAACAUGGGAUGAUAUGUUACAAAGGCCUUGUGCUGGAUCUGUGGUGAUAAGCGACUGUGCCCGCAGAAGCAUCAAGACCUCAGGCUGAAGUUUUCUUUGGAUUGAUAGCCAUUUUAAGGUGGAGUUUAUGUUAUAUCUUUCAUAUUUGCAAUGGAUUUAAGUCCAGUAGACAGGAACGAGGGUUUAGACUGUGAAAUGUGGGUACAUUUUGUUGAUACAGUGAGAACAUGAUGUGUACUCUGUAUAUAAAUCAAACCAAAUGGCUGGACUGGGAAGUGAAAAUGGCUGACGGAUCAUAAGGGAGGGUCCUCGAUAGUGUAAGUACAGCUGGCUCAUGAGCAUGUUGUGAAGGAGGACAGAGUCAAAUAGCAGUCACUGUUAUUGAUUAUCCUGCUGGCUUGCUUCCUGUUGGCUGAGUGGGGGGAGGUGAGACCCCACCCCCAUGCUGUAAUGUAAUGUUCUCCAGUUAUCUCACUCACUCAGGACUCCCUUUGUCCAGAACACCCUCCCUGGUUGUGGGCUGUGUUCCUGUUCCCUUUUCUGAUUUCUCCAUAAUGAAGAUGAAGUUCUUAGAUCAUUUCAGAUUUAUUGGUUAAUUUUUAAAUGUAUUCUUUUUAUACCCUUCUGAUCAGUCAGAUAUAAUCGCACCAUCAUCUGGGACUGCUCAGUCCCCCCGUAUCAGUAACCAAAACUGUAGUUUAUUGUCUUAAGUUGAUGGUGUUUGUGUAUUCAAUUUUUUUUUUUUUGUUACUUAUAACACAUCCCCUUCAGUAUUUGAUUGUAAAGGUACUUCAAAAUAAGACAUCGUCAUACUUAUGUAAGACUUUUAAUGCUGAUCUUUAUUUUAUGAGAUACAUGAUAAAUGAGCAGAUACAUAGAUGUUAGCAUAAUUCCUGGACUUGUUUUUUUGGCUGUGGGGUAAAGCCACUGCUGGUUAGACUGUAUAUAGAAUGGACACCAUCUGCCUCCUCGCUAGGUGAAGCCACCAUGAGAACAGCACCCUCUGGUGACGGGCUGCAGUAUAUUUAUGCAAUCAUAAAUCUCACCUCCUCCAGCGAAGCUUAUGGAGCUGUGGACAAACUUUAAGAAAGUAAUUACACCGAAUAUAAGUUUUUCUCCCCCCACUUGCGAUGUUGCAGUCUUACAAUAACUUGUAGUUACUGUAAGACUGGUUUGUUCUGAAGUCCUCUUUUUUCUGUACAGCUCCAUUUUUAAAAGUCAUUAGGGGUUCUCUAUGACUGACACUUGAUACAGCCUAUGGGCGUACAAAGAUUGCGUAGGUCACCAGGGGGAUAUGCUGUUUGAGCCGGCGAGAGUCACAGCAACUCUCCCGCCAUAUGCGCACAAUACUUCUGUGCAAGUGGUGAAGUGGGUGCAACGCUACUGCGCAAUGUUGGUUUCAGGAAGUGAAUAAAAUCCCGGAAAUACUGAGAGCAGUUUGGCUUCAAAUUUUUCUAACGACGGAAGGCAGAACCAAGUUGUCCAUAGUAAAGUCUAUGGUAUUUCCAUUUCACUGAUGACUCCAUUGCAAACAAAAGCUGGUAUGAGCUUGUGUUACUAAAACUCUAGGCAGCUCCAUCUAUAAUCAUCUGACAUGAUGGUUGACAGCUACAAGUUUUUUAGUAACAUAACAGCAGGUAAUAUAACAAUAAAACAUACAAUGAGGAGCUUGACCAGACAGCUGUGUAAAAAGUAACACCCAUGUGCUGUGUGUACCAGCCAUACCAGCAAAGCUGCCAAAACAAAGGUUGAAAUAAUAUAAGUUCACUCACACAACUCUUAUUGUUGAGAUCUUUCGUGUCUUUUUCUGUCCUGUUAGUGAAGGCAUGUUGUUCACAGAACAUUGUGUUACGGACGAGACGGAUGAGUUUCUCUCCUUGGGAGCGGGUGGAGUGAGAUGGUGUGUCAGCAGUAGUCUGCAUUAUCGUGCUUAGACAUCUGAAGGAAUAAAAGAGCAGUGUUUUAUAGAUCUGUAACAUAAGUCUUUGUAUAUUUCACUUCACAGUUUUGUGGACAAGCUUGUGAAUAGCACAGUGAAUAGAUGACACAUGUUGGGUAUGGCUCGUGACUUUCGAUGUAAAAGUACUGCUUUGUGAUACACCAGUAUUUCAAAUGCUGAAGAAAUUAUAUGCAAAGACUAAAAACCCUGUUUUAUUUCACUGUAGUCUGGACUGAAACAAAGCAGGUGAUUGAAGCAAAUGCCCAUCUGUCCCAGACAUGUGUUUCCUGUUUAUUCCCCUCUCUGGGCUGGUUUCAGUUAAAGCUCCAGUCUGUUUGUGGCUGCUUGUUUCUCCUCCUCCCUCAGUUAACUCUCUAAGCGCUUAUGUUUUGCACACUGCCCAUGUUACUUCAUAUAUUUUAAUAGACAAUGUUGUUUUUUACUCCUAGCUGUUUAUAAAUUACACAUAUUUACUACUUUUAUCCUGUUAUUUACAUUCCAAUUAGGACUUUAAGCGUUGUUAUCUUUAUUUGUGAAUCAUAUGGAUUGGGGUGACUCCAAGCGCUCUUUUAAUGUCUUGUUGUGAAAGUUUUUCUUAUUUGUGGAAUCAGGUUAUCUUGUGAUUUUACUGUGAAGCCAAAGACAGUUUUCCACAUUCUGCACAAAUACAGCUCAUUCAUUCUUACAUUCGUUCUGCGGUUUCGGGAAGCUGUCGUUAAAAGUGUGAUAGCAGUCUUAAACUGGAUUAAAGUAAAUCAAAGAGUUUUUGCUUACAGUAGGUGUGGCCACCAUAAUGUCUCCCUUCACCAUUUCACAGUCAUAUUUGAUCAUGUCAUCAACAGUGGAUGCAUCUGGAGCAUAAUUAGGGGUAAACCUAACCUAUCAAAUUAUAAAGUCGAUGUCUGUAGCUGAUGUAUCAGUCUGUUUUUGGUGGUGUCUGACCAGAGCUGUGGUGUAUCAGUCAACUAUGAAAACUGAACGAUCUUGUUGAAUGUAGCGGGCUGCUUGCACGUACGUUGCUGGUUUGCCGAUGAACAUCUCACCUGACAAAGAAAUCAGACUGACACCUACCUGUCUAUCAAAAAUUCCACACUUGUUAAUAUUAUGACUGAGGUAUCUUAUUUCAUAUUAUUUAAACAGGUCAGUCAUCUGAUCAUGUAUUCCCUUUACAUUUGACCUGAAAAGAGAGAUAAGGAAUUAGAGACUGACAUUUUUAACUGUAUUAAACUGUGUAUUUUACUUAAUGUUAAAUUUUUCAGUGAAACAUAAAAAGAAUAUUAAACUUCUCGCUAGGGAUGCACGAUAUUUAUCGGACCGAUAAAAUAUCGGCCGAUUUGGGGAGAAAUUACGUCAUUUUUUAUCGGUCCGAUAGGUGCAUUUUUCCGAUAGAAAGAUCCGAUAUAUUAAUGAAAUUACGAGUAACGUUUGCAGGCGGAGUAGCCGCCCGUCCGAGACGCGCUGGUUAAGUCAUCUAUCGCGCCUUACUCGCAGGUCCCAAGCCUGACCCCGUCACUACCUGACAGAUAAUAAAAUGUCUUCACCAGCAUGGUCGUUUCUCUCAGUGAUGACAAGAUGACAGAAGAAAGAUGACAACAGCAUUGCUAUAUGCAAAACCUGUUCAGCGAGGAUUCCGAGAGGAGGAAAGAAGACGUCAAGUUUUAACACAACGAAUCUGAUAGCUCAUCUGAAAAGUCGCCAUCGCGGCGAAGCGGUAGUAAAAGAAUAUGAGACAGCCGCCGAAGCUGCUAGCGGUACUAAAGCUAAGACAACAACACUACGGAGGAUCGAUGUCCCCAUUCAGCAGGCGUUUAAAAACUGCAAAAGCUUCUCAAGAGACAGCGAAAAGGUUAAAGCCAUUAACGACAAAGUGAUGGAGUUCAUAGCGGUCGACGACCAGCCUUUUUCCAUCGUUGAGAACCCGGGUUUUCGUAAGUUAUUAGCACACUUGGAGCCACGCUACACUCUCCCAAGCCGCCGCUUCUUCUCGGAUGUGUCCCUUCCUGCACUCUAUGAUAUUGUCGCCACAUACAUUCACAACCUGAUCGACAAGAACGGACUGCACGUGAGUUUUACCACAGACAUAUGGACGUCAGAUGUUAGUCCGGUCAGCAUGCUAAGCCUAACGUCUCAUAAUAGCUCCUUUACAGUUUACAGUUCUGUUGAACAGUUCAGGGGAUCAAAUGAAGUUCUGCUUUUUGCUCUGUUAUUGUUAUUUAUAGCAAAUGACCACAUUUGAAGAGCCAAAAACUUUUGUUUGUUGUUCUAGAUAGGCCAGAGCAACAAAAAUAUCAGUUUUCAAUCGCUGCAUCCUGCACAAACUGCAGAUUAUAUGAAGAUUAUAAUAAACGUAAAAAUAUGAAUUUAUCGGUUAUCGGUAUCGGUAUCGGCCAUGAGAAGAAGAAAAUUAUCGGUUAUCGGUAUCGGUUGAAAUUUUUCAUAUCGUGCAUCACUACUUCUCGCAUAUGGGGUUGGUUUCAUGCCAGUUCUGGUACCUCUGCACUGUCACUCUGACAUGACGUUUUGAAGGUGAAGCAUAGGCUCAUUUGUGACUAAAUGGAAGGACAUAUAUCGUUUUUAGUCACAGGAUGAUUAUGAUAUAUUUUUUUUCUUCCUAGUUUAAAAACUUUAAAGUUAGUUUAACCACCUCUGAUAAUUUUUUUUAACUCAGUCCCUCUUUGAAUAUUUGUCUUGUCUCUCAAACUUUCCACAAAAUCCUCAUGCAGACUCCUCCUCUGUUUUCCAUUAGCCUGUCAUGAUUAAAAUUAAGAUUGUGCAACAGGGAGUUUUUUAAAAGACCCAGAUGAUUCGAAGAGUGCUUUUUCAGUGUGGGAACAUAAUGACCUGUGAUCAGGCCUCUACAUAAUUCUGUUUCAACUAGAACAUUUUAAUGUGUCCUAAGCACAUUGGAUCUUCCUGUCUUUGAGAUAACACUACUUACAGUAAAUGUAAUGCUGCUUUCUGUCUGGUUGUUUCACAGAAUUUAGAGGUAUAAGAGUUCUUAUAAACACAGGUACAGACCUGGUUCUGGUCCUCAUAAACCUCUCAGAGUAGUUAGAAAUCUCAGCUUUAGAACAUGUGUCCUGACUCUGCAGUGUUACUCAACUCUUAGUGUGUUUGUCUUGGCUUCAUUUCUGAUUUUUUCUAUUCCAGCUGCUACACAGCAAACCAAUCAGGCAUGCUUAUUCAGCAUCAUUAUAACACUAGAGUCAUGGAAACAUUAAAUAAAGUCCCUAUGUAACUCUCGAAAAUGUAACAUAUAUCAUGAUUUCCUUUGCCUGUGUUUGUCUUAUGUUCUCUGACUGUCACAGUGCAGGAUUGUGUUGAACUGGGCAGGUGUUUGGAGAGGGCAAAGUGAGCGAAGUUAGAGUUGGAAUGCAGGGAGUGAUUGAAGGACUGGAACAUUACGUAAUAUUACUGAAUACUGAUAAACACUUGUUUACAAAGACCAGCCCUUUGGUUAUUUACCUCAUACUAGAGCUGGGCAAUAUGGGAAAAAGUUUAUCACAAUAUAUUUUUUUAUAUCAGUCAAUAUCAAUAUAUCACAAUAUAAAAAAUGAAAUUUAACAGUGCUUAUUGGUGGCAUGUCUUUUGCAAUACAAUAAGCUACUACUAAAGUUCGUAAAUUUCCUCUUACCUGUUUUUACCCAAUAUUCACCUUCACAUCCCAGGUUUAUUGUGUGUAAAUGCCAGAAGUGAGUUUUAUGAUGUUUCACUGUCCAAGUUGGAUGCUAUAUUGUGCGAAUGUAUUGUUUACCGUGAAUACGGCUAUCUCAUGCUACUCUAUGUUCAUGUUAUGUAUGGUGUGAGCUGUACUAAUAGUUGCUGUGUAUCUUUAUCAGCAGAACCACAGUCAAAUAAGUCCACCACUAAACUGGACAUCUGUAUCUGUGUCUUUUAGCGGGAACACACACCAUACACCUCGCCGCUCUAAACCCAGCUAAAGCCUGGAGUACGCACUUUUCUUCUUUUUAAUGCCGACUAUCGAAAAAGCAUAUCAACUAUGUUUUAUAUUGAUAUCGAGGGAAAUUAAAUUAUUAUGAUAUAUAUUGUUAUUGUUUUAUCGCCCAGCACUACCUCAUACUAUUAUCAGUGUUUCUAGGGGCUUCAUUUCCCAGUCACCAAAACAGACAUUUGAAUUAGCCAACUCGUCUCAAAACUGAGUAAUUGUAUUGAACCAGGCCAAAGACAGGGUCACAGAGUCAGAGUAUAUGAUACCUAAUGGUUUGCCUGAUGAGGCUACUACCAGCAGAGCUAGCAACAGCAGUCUUCAUACAUACAUAUUUAUGUAUAUAUGUAUGUAUGUAUGUAUGUAUGUAUGUAUAUGUAUGUAUAUGUAUGUAUAUAUUUAUGUAUACAUAUAUGUAUAUAUGUAUAUAUAUGUAUGUAUAUAUAGACAUAUAUACAUAUAUGUAUAUAUGUAUAUGUAUGUAUAUAUAUACAUACAUAUACACUCACCGGCCACUUUAUUAGGUACACCUGUCCAACUGCUCGUUAACACUUAAUUUCUAAUCAGCCAAUCACAUGGCGGCAACUUAGUGCAUUUAGGCAUGUAGACAUGGUCAAGACAAUCUCCUGCAGUUCAAACCGAGCAUCAGUAUGGGGAAGAAAGGUGAUUUGAGUGACUUUGAACGUGGCAUGGUUGUUGGUGCCAGAAGGGCUGGUCUGAGUAUUUCAGAAACUGCUGAUCUACUGGGAUUUUCACGCACAACCAUCUCUAGGGUUUACAGAGAAUGGUCCGAAAAAGAAAAAAUAUCCAGUGAGCGGCAGUUCUGUGGGCGGAAAUGCCUUGUUGAUGCCAGAGGUCAGAGGAGAAUGGCCAGACUGGUUCGAGCUGAUAGAAAGGCAACAGUGACUCAAAUAACCACCCGUUACAACCAAGGUAGGCAGAAGAGCAUCUCUGAACGCACAGUACGUCGAACUUUGAGGCAGAUGGGCUACAGCAGCAGAAGACCACACCGGGUGCCACUCCUUUCAGCUAAGAACAGGAAACUGAGGCUACAAUUUGCACAAGCUCAUCGAAAUUGGACAAUAGAAGAUUGGAAAAACGUUGCCUGGUCUGAUGAGUCUUGAUUUCUGCUGCGACAUUCGGAUGGUAGGGUCAGAAUUUGGCGUCAACAACAUGAAAGCAUGGAUCCAUCCUGCCUUGUAUCAACGGUUCAGGCUGGUGGUGGUGGUGUCAUGGUGUGGGGAAUAUUUUCUUGGCACUCUUUGGGCCCCUUGGUACCAAUUGAGCAUCGUUGCAACGCCACAGCCUACCUGAGUAUUGUUGCUGACCAUGUCCAUCCCUUUAUGACCACAAUGUACCCAACGUCUGAUGGCUACUUUCAGCAGGAUAAUGCGCCAUGCCAUAAAGCUGGAAUCAUCUCAGACUGGUUUCUUGAACAUGACAAUGAGUUCACUGUACUCAAAUGGCCUCCACAGUCACCAGAUCUCAAUCCAAUAGAGCAUCUUUGGGAUGUGGUGGAACGGGAGAUUCGCAUCAUGGAUGUGCAGCCGACAAAUCUGCGGCAACUGUGUGAUGCCAUCAUGUCAAUAUGGACCAAGCUCUCUGAGGAAUGCUUCCAGCACCUUGUUGAAUCUAUGCCACGAAGAAUUGAGGCAGUUCUGAAGGCAAAAGGGGGUCCAACCCGUUACUAGCAUGGUGUACCUAAUAAAGUGGCCGGUGAGUGUAUAUGUAUAUAUAUUUGUAAAUAUAUAUAUGUGUAUAUAUAUAUAUGUAUAUUUGUAUAUGUAUAUAUAUUUUUAAAUAUAUACAUGUAUUUAUAUAUGCAUGUAUGUGUAUAUAUGUAUGUAUGUAUGUAUGUAUGUAUAUAUAUAUAUAUGCAUAUAUUUUGUAUUUUUACAUGAAGAAUGGAUUAUAAAGCUGAAAGGUUGAGAACCGUUCUGAGCUGUUGGGGAAAGAUAAGUUUUCAUACCUCCUGACUAAAGAAGUUAGACUCCUUUCUUGCCUGACAGCUGCUGCUUCCUGUUUUCUGUUCAGUGUGCUCCUCCUCAUUGAUUCGUUGUCCUCAAUAUGUUAUCUGAGAUACACACACCCACCACUCUAUGGCUUCCUCUUUUUUUAGCAUCAGUCUCUUACUUAUAUCUGCGUAAGGCCAUCAGGGUUCAUGUACCUUUUGUUUAUUGUCAAAGACUUAACAGACAUAGUACAUUCCUCCAGUUUUCUUGUCUUUCUAAAAAUGAUCAUAACAUAACACUGAGCUUUAACAUUUCCACAUAUGAAGAAAUUCUCCUUAUCUUGCUCUUGAACUUCACUUUUAAGACUAUUGCACAAUAAAACCCCACUCCAAAUCCACUCAGUGUGGUUUUGACAUGGAGUGACGUUCCUGUUACGAUCACAAACAAACCAAUUACCGGGAUUAACACAGCUCUUUGGUAAAAGUCUGGUUAGGAUGAGGCUACUGUUUUAUGGCUAUUUAAUGUCCACACCCUUGGAUGUGGUCAGAAACAAUAGCUAUUAGCUGUUAGUAGUACUCUCCUCAGCUAAGUGUUGAGUCAAUGAUAUUGACGUGCCCACAUUUCCAUUAUCAAAUGAAUGGUGACACUGCUGUAGGCAAAACAGCACACUCCUUCACUUCCUAAUGGGUUUUUUGGAAGCGAUUUUAAGGAGGUGAGGACCACUCACUGAUUUGCAACAACUUCUAUAUUUUAGAACAACAUUAAAUCUUACACUUUAGAGGGAAGGCUUUUUCUUUUCAGACUUGUUGCAAUCUCAUUUGUUGGUUAAAGUUAUUCUAUUUAGUAGCAUGAAAGUUACUGUCAUGAGUUGCCAAAUGUAAAAAGAAAAUGCUGACACUACUAAAUUGUGUACUACCAACCUCUGACCACAAGUCAUUUCCUGGCCUAGUUUUGGCACUCUUUAUAACAAUGGUGAUAAAGUUGAUGACAAGACUUAAAGGGAUAUUCCGGCCUAAAUUUAAGUUCUGGUCAAACAUACUGUAACACGGAGUUAGACACCCCCUCGAGAGAUGAAUGUUGCCGACUGCUUGCUUCUCUAGUUGUACCAACUUUAGUCAUGACUGCACAGUGGUCUAUGUCUCCACGUGCAAACCUCAAACAAAUAGCCACUCUAUAGCCACAAAUAAUGCUCAGAACAGCACCUAUCUUCAUCAACAGUACAUAUAGGGUCCUAGCCGUAGCACUAGCCACCAAACACCUUUUAGCUUUGCCUGGUUUCUGUAGCAAAGAGACCAAACACAACUCACCCACUCUCCUCCAGCAGCCGCCUGUUUUUGGGGGGAGCCCUGACGAGUCGAUCUCAGUACAGUGGAGUUUCACAGCUCAAGGAAGAACAUUUAUGAUUGUUACUUCAUGGAAAUGCAAUCAGACCGAGGUGCUAAGGCAGAAGAACUACUGCGUCUGCAGUGCAAAAUAAUUAUAAUGAUGGUUAUUACUUCAAGGAAAUGAUCUGCUUAAAUUUACGCCGGAAUAUCUCUUUAAGCUAAUAAUGAGUAACGACUUAAAUUAAUCAAACUACCGACACAAGAAGCUGUAAAAUAGAGGAGAAAUCAAGUCAAAUGGUUGAUCCUUGUGCAAAACCACACUGUGAAAUCACAGUCAUCAAUUACUACUCCCUAAGAGUAAGAGCGCUAUGUCAAUUGUUGAUAGAAAAUGUAAUUUAAUGAAAUGCAAAUAAUUCAGAGCCAACAUUAAACUGUAAAUUGUGCAAAAGCCAAUAAUGAAAAGAUUCUUAUUUUCAAACAUAACUUUUCAUUUUUUUGCUUGUUGUUACAAGGUGUGUGGAGGCUUGAUGUGGAUGUCAUAAUGUACUGAAAUGAUCUGAUACUGGAAUAACACAAAAUCACUCCAACAUGAAACUGCAACACAAAAUUAUGUAAACAACAAUCUCAGAAAAGCUAUUUUUUAAAAUACAGAUUUAUUUAUGGGUAUCACACCCCAACCGGUGUGUUAAAAGAAGGGACAAAUGCAAGGACAUCUCUCUCUCUCUAAUCACCUACUGAGCGUAUUAAUGGCUGCUUACAGAAAGCCAGGACCAGAGAGCAUGAGGAGAUCACACUAGUUUAUGGAUUGUGCUAAAAAUGCUAACCAGUGCAACUUGGACUACACUUGGGCAAUCUGCACUGGUUAGCUUUUAAGAGAGAAGAUUUUCAGAGGAAGAAGUUGCUGUUAAGGAACAGUUUUUUUUUUUUUUUAAAUGACAAGGUUACCUGAAUUACCCUUUUUCUUCUCUGGUAAUGAAUACCUUUCCCUAUCUCCUGUAUUUAACAGGGUUACUCGUAUUCCCUUGACCAGAUGUUGGUAAUACCAUGAACAUCUGGUAAAGCAUCCAACAUCUGGCUCUGAGAGCCUAUCAUAUCCCUCUAAAUUUUCACCCGAGACCUUGUGACUUAUUAUUGAAGGGUUAGAGAGGGCUCUGCUUUUAUUGGAGAUGAAAUCCUCAAAUAUUUCACGUCAAUCACAUCUCAGAUAUAGAAAGUUUGAGCAUGACAAACAGGGAUUUGUCUGUAUUUGUGUGUGCAGUGUUGCCAUCAAACUGUAAAAUAGUGACACCAUCUGGAGAAAGGAUGACUUACUUAUCUGUGUGUGUGUGUUUGUGUGUGUGUUGGUGCAUGUGUCUGUGCGGCUGCUGUGCCAACUGCCUUAGGUCAUCAGAAAGUAGCUUUGCCUUCCUUUGGGAUGUCACAUGAUUUCAUUGUUGUCCUCACAUGACUGUGGCUGAUUUGAACUUUACAUUGAGGUCAACAUUUAGAAACAAAUAGAAGGGCUCAGAUACUCUUUUACUGCUAAAGACAUUUAACUUUUGAUAUUAAAGGAACAUAUGCAUGUCAGAUACUGUAAGUUUCACUUCUCCUUUGAUGCCACCCAAUACAAAGCCAGUAAUGGGUCAAGAAAUACCACUGUUGCCAGAUGGGAAAUAGAGAAUUAUCAUACCAGAGACUUAAAAUUAUUGUAUUUUUGGGAAAAUUAUCAUACACCCGUCAUAAUCAAAACAACAAUCUUACUGUUAGUCACAUAUAGUCACUUUGUUUAGUGUCCCACAGGCAAUCCUGGUUUUGUGGCUACAGUUUUGUGGUCAUUCACCGCCUCACCCCACAUCAGUCUCCUUUAAACAAAUGACAGGUGGGAACUAAUGAGCCAAAUCAUGAGACCUUGAGGCCACCUACUUUUCUGAAACAGGUAUCAUAAUAACUGAUGAGGAAAUGAAGAGUAAUCUGACUUCACUUUGUGAAACAGGUUUAUUUCAAGAGCCUCAAUUAUAUACUCAAUAGUAUUCUAGUUGUUGAUCUUGUGGAGGACUCAUAGACAUUACAUACAAUAGCUUGUUGUCUGUUCUUGCCUGGUAACAUUUUUUUGUCUUGUCCUGUAAAGGUGUUUUUUGAAUGUCCCUUUCUGCUUGAAAACAGGAAAGCUUUCUUGGUGAAGAUUCAGUCAUGCUUGUGAAGCCUCUUUUAUGAACAGGAACUCAUUCUGUGCAGCAUUUAUUAAUGUACUCUUUUCUAACCCAUCUCAUGGUAAGUGUUUACAUAUGGGCAUAAGGACUCGGUAGUAAGCGGCACUAAGUAACAUUGAUCCCACCAGUCCAGGAUCAACCAUAAUCUCUCCUUUUUUCUGAAACACUUGAGCAUUUUUCACAUUAGCACCUUUCUUUUAGAUUUACACAACUGAUGUGGAAUCAAUGAAGAAACAGUUUGCCUUAUUUUAUAGGAUUGAUGUUUUGUACCUUAUAAACCUUCAAACCUUUAUGGACACUACUACACACUGUCAAUAUACCCCCCUCCUCUCUCUGUGUCCUCUGCCUCCCCUGCCCAUACUCUGUGUGUUGCAUAACCAUCAGUGUUGUUUACCUGAAGGGUUUAAAGGCUUAGGACAUAAUAAAGUGCAACACACAGACACUUGUGCACACACACAUAUACACACACAAGAUAACUCUAACAGUAUCCAUCUGACAUCAAACCAAGUGGGGCUUGAUACUCCUAAAUCCUUCUUACCGUGUGAUUUGAUAGCCCCCCUUUAAGCUCUGCCUUGACACAUCUGUCAAUCUAAUGAUGAUGACGGCUGAUGUUCAGUUGUGUCUUAACAUGGCGGCUGAAAGCUGAGUGAACAUUACAAGGUUUUAAUUCAGCAUGUUUUUCAACAGAUUAAAUGUAAAGUUUUUUGUGUUUCCCUCUGGAUGCUCUCGAUAUUCUCAAAAAAGUUUAUCUCCACAGUGAGUCGUGAUUACUACUGCAGCCCAGUGAUGACAGACUUCACACAUAGGCGGCUCCCGAGCCACACUUUACCUGUCUCUUCUGAACACCUGCCAGUUUGCCUCUUUCGAAGGCAGCUCACCUGACUAACCACAAACCAGUGGACGGACAGAAGACUGCAGCCGAGAGCGAGCUCCUGUGUGUUUUAUAAAAAGUUCAGGAUUAGCUUGAUCUGGUUAAGUGAUUAGUGCCCACUUCACAUGCUUGUAGACGGACAGAUUACCAAGAGCCAAGACAAAGGUAGACGGUAGAGGUUCAGACCUUAAGGUAAAGACUGGGGCAAGACUGGGAAUGCGUCUGUCAGGUCUGUCUGUAUGAUACAUGUAACCAUUUUUUUAAGAGGAUACAAAAGUUGUUCUUAAACUCAACUUGAGUGUUUGAUAUAAACAACAACAUAACAAGGAACCUUUAAAUUUAGAAAUUGUGACAUACAUAGCUUUUCGUUCAUUUACUCAAUAAGUUUAUACAAAAUAAGAGUAUUUAUACACUUGAAAUUUUUACAAUAAAUUAAAGGAACUUUCAGUUUGUGUGCUGCCUUCAUGGAUAAAUCAUGGCGGCACAUGUCAAUGUGAUGUGUAGAUAGCAUACAGCUCAUUGCUCAUUUUUAAAAAAUUACAUUUCAGGUCAUUGUUACGUAUUGGGUCAAUGUUACAUAUUGGGUCAUUGUUACAUAUCAGGUCAUUGUUACAUGUUGGGUCAUUGUUACAUAUCAGGCUAAGCCUUAAAAAUAAAUUUGAAGAUCUUUGUCCAUUUUGAAGAAAACCCUCUAAAUCUUUGUAUUUCUUUCAAGUGUCCUUGCUGUUUACAAAGCAAUGCAGGAGCCAAGUUUUGACAGACUGACUUUACAAAAUGCGUCUCAGAUAAACCAUUGUAGUGUGAAUAUAGUGUGCAGUUAAUUUCAAUGAUUCAGUGAUGUCAAGUGAUCCCUGCUUAAUGACAGCAUGACUAUUUUACAGGCGUUCCAGUUUUUAUUGAUUUUAUUUUAUUUGUUUUGUUUUGUUUUUUUAUACAGGUUUGAUCCUUAAUGCCUAUAACUAAUACUCUUGUUGUCUUGUGUGUUAAGUCAGGAUAUUGCAUUUUUUUUCUGUGAAGCAAAAAGCAUUCAUUCAUUCAUUCAUUCUCCACAACUGAGGGCAUAUAACAGGUCACAGCGUGCUGACCUGAGGAUGUCUUUUAGAUCCUAGAGGUCUGUGGUGAUUCACACACUCCAAACGGUGCCCUGUCAGCUUUUGGUGAUAUGGUUACCUGCGGUCAUCAGUUGGAUUAGCAGCACCUCUGUUGUUAACUCAUAAAUGGCAGCUCACAGGCAGAGUAAUUCCUUAGUAUUUUCUAUGAGUUUGAUUCAGUGCAUUUUACUUUUGAUUGGCGACUGAACUGCUGGGAGUCUUAUACCAUAAAAUGCACCAUUCAAAAACGCAGUGAUGUUUUUAUUUUGGUGCGCCGACAAAAUAUGAGGAAUCCAUUUUUUUUUUUUAUUCGGACCUUCAUCACAUCAUGGUUAGUGUGUUGACUGUAACAGCCCGUGUGCAUACACUAAAUAGCAGCUUGCAUGUCAGAGAAAACAGGAGCUUCUGUGUGCAUAGAAAAAUUGAUAAAUUCAUGCGUUGGACAAAACCUGAGGCCAAACAUUUACUUUGAUGACCUCUUGGGAAUUGAUGAUAAAUUUUUAAAAAAGGACUUUUAGCUUUCUGUGUAGGUUUUAUCAUUAUCCAAAUGACAUUUCUUGUUUGUUUACAUUAAAACUUCUUUUAGGAUAGCUGGGAUUGCAUUGUUUCAAUGAUAGUCUCAGAUAUAAUUCAAUGUGCCGUCCUUUUGGUGCUGUGCUUUGUGCUCUCUGAGGUCUGCCGAUUGAUUGACCAUCCUUACCUAUAACACCCUGGAGGUCAGUCAGGAGGUCAGAUUGGAAAUGGAACUACUCACUCAGGCAGGACCUGCAGUUCAAAACUGCAAACACUCAUUGAUUCAAAAUGAUAUACUGCCCAGCUUUUACUUCAGAUGGACAAUGUUUGCUUUCCCUGUGCCUAAAGCAGAUGAAUGUCCUCCAGACUAAAGAGAAGUACAUUUCUUUUGACACUUUUACUUCUUAUGAGCUCUCUCACUGUCUCAUCUCUCUUGUUUGUUGUACCUCUGUGUGUACAUCAAGCUAUUCAUUAUUCCAUACCCCUACAGCAGGAGCUGUCUGUUUUACUACUGCUUUCUGCUUACUUUGCUCCUCCCCCUUUGUGUGUCUAAGUGUGUGUGUGUAUUUUCAAACAUGCAUGCGCAUGAGUGUCCAGCAGGGAUCAGAAGAUCAGGACGACUGAGGAAAGGGAGACGUGUGUGUGUGUAUGUGUGUUUAGUGCAUGAAGAGUUGACGGCGGCAGGGUGGGAGGGUGCUUUGUGAUGCAUGACUGAUGUCGCUGACAUCGUCGUCACAGGCCACUUUUUUUACACACACACAUACACACACCCACACACACACACACACACACGCUGUCACAGAAAUAGCUGAUCCUCACAUUAUCCACGCAGCGCAGGCAGCAUUCCUGACUUCUGCACCUCACUGGCUGUGUCUGUAUACUUUGGACCCCCAUUACUGGAGCUCCUCAGGGACCACUACUAGGACCCCCCUCCCUUCCACCCCCUUUUUUUGCCCCACUCCUCAGGAUGGAGCAGAGGAGAGGCUCUCGGCGGAAGGGUAAGCUUUUCGUAACUAAAAUACUGGCAUCACUUACCUGGAGCUCAUUAACAGAGGCGUACCUUUUUUUUUUUUCUUUUUUUUUUAUGCUCUUAGAUUUUUGUUUUCUAAAUUGACGGUUGCUUACGUGAUUUACAAGCUACCUGGUGCACUUGAAUUAAAUUUAGUUUACCUUGUGUUAUGGUUCUUCUCAAAGUUAAUCGUUCUAGCAAAGACGAGUCAGUGGGAGGAGUUUGCUGGUUGUGUCUCCUAUCUUUGUUUAUCUUUUAGAAGUGAUGCCAUGGCUUUAUGGCAAACAGCUCUGUGGUGGUCUGUUGUUAGCGAGUGUUAAAAGUCAUGAUGCCUUUGACCAAAACCUUGUAUCAUAAAGGUGACAGGGCAAAAGUAUGGCUGCCUGUCUGAUCAUUAUCGUUUAGAAAUGUGCUCUAAAAUGCAUGCAGAGUUGGUUGAUUGUUGUCAGACUGUUGGAUAAAGUGCAUUAAGGGUGUAAGUUUGUUUUGUUUACUUCUCCUGUGUUUCGUUUUACUCUAACCUUCAGCAAAAAGAACUGAUUUUUUGGCAUGCGCUUUCCCUUCUGCUCCCUGUUUCUCUUUUUUUUUUUCUUGGUACAGUGAGCCAUGAGCUAACUCCGGUAGUGCUAGGCAGCUUACAGCGUCGUCACCGAGUGCAGCUUAACGGUUAUAAAUAGGAUGCAUGGUCAUUUAUUACCACAGUGACCAGAGAGGCUGAGCCGAACCAUUAGCACAUCCUUAAUGUACCUGUACCUGCUGGUGGCUCUGUACCAAUCAAUGAGCAGAGUGCUGAUGAGUGCUGACUUGAGCCUGAGCUUGUGUCCGUCUCCUGCAGGCUAGCGGUGUAAUCGCAAACACACAGGACUUAAAAAACGGAUAGUGCAAAAUAUUAGUGAAAAAAAAAGUGACAUUUAGUCCUUUAUUGACGUCAAAUGUCAGACUGACAUCUGUCGUGGCGAAUUAUUUUGAGACAGUUUGCAGGAUGUUGUGCGGGGGUCAGGGAAUCCCACUCUCUUAUGUAACAUCCCUGACUGUGAUGCUCUUAAACCUUCAGUCAUAAAGGGCGGUCAAACAUGUGUCAGCAGCCAGGAUUUUCACAACCAUCUGCACUUGUAACAGCUCUGUCCUGAUGCUACACCAUGACUUUGACCAAAAGUUGUCACAGUUUGAACCAUGCUUACUUAUUUAGAGUUUGUAAACUAUGGGCGUCUUUUGCUGGAGUUCACUAUAAUUGAUUGUAUCACAAAAUCCAGGAGAGACAACUACAUUGGUAGGGAUUCUCUUUGAAUUAACAUCACUUACAAAUAAAAUGUUCUGAUUUAAAAAUAGUAAAGAAAAACAAACCUUACUGAGACCUGAAAUAAUACCAUCCAAUCAUUUUAUUAGGACUACAAAUAUCAUGCAGUGUUUCCCACAGAAUGACGACAUACCUGUGACAAUGGACGGCUACUGGGAAAGGACAAUUAAAAAUACUGGAAUGCAUUAUCUUCUGUAAAGGUUAUGUCAUAGUGCUUUCUCCUCCACAAGAUCUUUCUUUACAUUCAAAAACUAACUUUUUAGUUUAUGAACUUUCCCCAUCACAUAAAUAAGGUACACCUUUACCUUUCCCUUGUCUAUAAACACUCCAGAAUUAUCCACCUAGCCUCCAUCUUUCCUGUCAUCUAUGAGUGUCUGAUCUUUUGAAAGUAGUCAUCAGUAAUACAUUUUGUUGAGAUGCCCAAAACACAACCUCGUGUUCAACAAUGUUUCACAUGAUAUUAUGAAGGCAUAACAGGUACCUAUCAUGUGGACAAAGCUUGUUGAUGAUGAGAUGUUGCUCCUUUAUCAUUAAAAAAGACAUACUGUCCCUCUCUAAAAACAUCUGCAGCAGAUCAUGUGUACCGUGCUGCAAACAAUGAGAUGCAAAUAAGAAUCUGCACUAUAAUUUUCUUUAUUAAUAAAAAAUAAAAAUAAAAAUGGCAAAUAUCAAAAUAAGUGAUCAGCCCAUCCAGGCAUUGUCAACAUCUGGGAAACACUAUAGGGCUGCAUCCAAUUGUUUUCUUGUGCAUUUGCCUUGCAGUGUAAUAGAGGAGACAGUGCAAGUUAGUUUGUUCAGAGCUGCAGCUUUGACAUUUUAUUUUGUGCAUUUAUUUAAAGCCUAACUUGCUCUUUUAGGUUUAAAAAAUCAUGCCUUUCCUAGCACAAAUGAUACAGUUAAUUAAAGGUAGAGUGCUUGAGUAAAAUACUUUUACUAUCAUUAAAAUAAGCUUUAAUAUAUGUAGGUUGUGUCAAACUACUUGAUGCAUAUUUUUAUUCAAUAUCCGGUGCAUCUUUCAUGGAUAAUUGAGUUUGUAAAGGGAGGUCAGUUAAGUACUGAUCCAGAAGUGGCCUUGCUGCUUUUUUGUGCUUUGCAGUCAAAGUUAACAGAUGAUGGUAGUCAAACUAGUUUGUAGUGAGGUGUUUCUUUAUUUGUUUAUCAGUUAAACAACAGGAGUAAAAGUCUGGCAAUUGAACAAAUACAAUACAGACUUUUCUGUAUUCUUCUGGGAUCACACAUCUGGACUGCUCAGUAAAUCACCCUUCAUAUGUACCCAAGCUGAAGAGCACAGGGACAACCACAAUGUGAACAAAAACUAAAAAAAUUCUUAAUUUGGCUUGUCAAGAGUUAAUAGGCUCAUUAAAAAAAAAUCAUUAUUGACACAUUAUUUACCUAUUAUUGUGUUAAAAACAAGUUGUCAUCUCACUUGCAGACAGUGCCUAUUUAGCACAAUAAGAAGUGCUCAUGUGUUGAUUAACAAUGGGUUAGAAAAGAUGUUGGUUCCAAGGUUCAUUUAUUGACUGAAGGAAAGUGUUACAAAUAUAAAGCCUCCAAUCAAAACCUCAAAAUCGAAUUACUCUGAACUUACCAUGUUUGCAGGUAAAGGUGUUCUCUUAUGACUAUUUUGAGUAGCAAAACCAAGUCCAGGUCUCAGUUUCACACAUUAGAGUUGCACCACUCUAAGAAGUGUUUGGGUGUUUUACCAGAGGGUUUAAUCUCUACAAAUUUGUCCAUGGUCUUUGCCUCUCUCAUUCUACGAAGCCUCUGGCAAAGUCAUGUUUUAGGGGGUUAAUGAGGCUUAACCCAAGGACGUUCUGCACGCCACCUGUACUAGUAGCACUCGUACACACAUCUAAGCACUCACACACGCAGACUUGGGCAUGUCGUGUUCUCACCAUCGAAUACAGUUGCAUCCACCCAUCACCAGUUACACAAAACAGUCUCACCCCUCUCCUUGGGUCCCUUUUUAUAAGUUGCUGAGAGAAAUUGAGUCAGCUGGAUUCAGUAUUCAGUCUGUUCUUAGUAAGUAAGGUUUAAUUAAAUUGCUGUUAAUUAAUUGAUUAAUUUAUCCUAGCAGAGAAAAAGAUUUAAAGUUCUGGUUUACAGUUAAACUUUGCUCUCCCAUGAUUAUACAGCUCAGUCCACAGCCCCUUAACACUGGAUACAUGCCACUGAAGAGAGAGAGAGAUAGAGCGAGUAUUGUCCAUUGUAGUUUGAACUCAGUAAAUGAAGGAUGCAGAUGUAGUCCGGAUCUAAAUACUGACUGAGAGGCUAUAAAUAAGCUGGCAGCUAAUUCUCAGCCUCCUGACAUCUUGUGUCUGCUGGUUAUUUGGCUCAAGGUAAAAAACAACAACAAAACAAAAAUGGAAUGAUUCUAAAACUGUUGACAAGGUUUUCAGGCUAACAUGCUCCUGGUUCAGUUGAUUUUUUUCUGUAACAAAGUAGAAAAAAAAAAAAAAUGAGGUGUGGUUUCCUAAAAGUGACUGAUGAUUACAACCAUUGGUCUCAGGGUGUGCUCAGACCAAAACUGACUUAUUAUGUUAAGUUUUCACAGUUAACUUUAUACUAUUUAACUUGAAACAAAUAGGCGUGUAGCUGAUUGUCACUAAAGUCAACCAGUGCUAGAAUAUGGGAUGCAUUAGUCGUUACAAAGUAAUAUCUGAUUAAUAAAUGCAAAUUUAAAAAGUUGGAGUUUUCAAGCUCUUGCUUGUUCCCCAAGUCUCUAUGAUGUUGUUAACGUGAAACAUUCAAUCCACUAUUUGCAAAUCACAAAAAAAGGUGAUAGAUACAGUGCAAAAAAUAGGAGUUUAGCACCACAGUGUAACUGAAUUGUUCAAUGAAGGAGGUUGAAGUAGCUCUUUAUGCUGGAAGCCACUGUCAUAAAACAAUAGGAGGACAAAGGAGAAGCAGCAGCGACAGAAGAAGACAACUUAGUAACCAGUGAGCUGGCUUACCUUUAUUGCAGUGUGUGUAUGCUCAUGCAGUUAAAAUUAUCUUGAGGAGAUGCAAGUUGGAUUUGAUAGUGUCUCUUUUUUCUUGGUUGUUAUUUUUCUGUAAAUAUCAUGACAAAGUCAUCAUAGGCAGUUUUUUUUUUGGCCAGGAUUAUCAUGAAGUAAAAAGAUUGUAGCGAGACAGCCCUCGUUCAUAGGGACAUAGUAAGCCAGACUGCACCAGAUUUACAGUGGCACUGGGAUACAGAACUUAAAAUGUUAGUUAAUAUCAGGAAAAUCUGUUAAAAUCAAGAUAUUAUGUUGGCAAAAUUGCUUGAUUUCUUUUUAAGAGAUAUCAUUAUCUAAACAGGUAAAUGUUGUUUUACUUUUGGUUUGAACACAAAAAAAUAACAGAGUAUUCCUUUAUUGUCAGUACAGUAUUGUUUAUUUGAAGAAAGAAUCUUUAGCCUGAGUGUAGAAUCAGUUAUUCACGUGGGUGUCUUUUCUAAAACCAUUUCUCACAGGGUACUUAUGUUUUCAAUGAACAUUCUUUAAAAAUAACAUGCCCUUGAGAGCUUCAUUGACCAGUUCCAUCUCGAAUGUUUCUCUCCUCCUCUUUGGUUCUCCCCUGAGGACCAGAUGUACGUUUCCCAACAUUUACAUCAUUUGCUUAUUAUGGAGAAGUAAGUGUGUGCCGUGCAAUUUCAGUAUUCUUGGACCAACAUGAGAAAAGCUGAUGUUAGGAGUUUGUGCAAUGCACUAUGGGUAAUAAUGUCAAAGAUCAGCCCCUCGUUAUUUUCAGUUUGUGAUCAGUCAUCAUAGCUGUGCUGGUUUUUUCCCAGGGGAGCAGAGCUGGACUUGGUUGAAGACAUUUUUUUUAAGCUUUUUCUGAUAUAAAUGCCAAAAUACCAACCCUUCACCCAACAUACAAACUGCUAUCUAGCUUAAACUGAAUCUUUUAUCAUUGAGUGAUUUGCUUUGUCACUGUGUACGGAUACCUGAGCAGGUGAUUCAAGGAUGUUCGACUGAAGGUCACUCAGUCCUCCUGCACUUUUGUGUUGUCCCAUGAGAAGAUGCCCAGAUAUUUAUAGGUCGUAAUUUGUCACAGAAUUUCCAGGAAACAGAGUGAAUUAGUCCAACAUGUGAGAAGUACACAAAGACUUACAUCUGCUAACUAGGCCAUAAUAUUUUCUACUGUAACUGUACAUGAAUCUAGAGCACGUCCCUGAGGACCGUUCACUGCAGCACACUGUAACACACCAAUAAACACACAGUUUUUUUUUUACUUUUACUAGUGACUGACUGGAUGAUCUGCAGACAAACCUCAUUUUCAUCUCCUGCAACACUCCCUGAUGCUCUUUGAAUAUGUAGUCAUUCCUGAGUGUACAAUCUUUAGCCAUGGCUGCAGUAUUUGUAGUGUUUUGGUUCCAUUGGGAGGAUUCAUAGCAUCUGGCACCUUUGCCUACUUUGGGAUUUUGAUGUGUGAGUGCAACUUCAGGUCAGUGGGGGAUUUGAUUAAAUGGAGGUGGGAGCAAAAUUUGUUGGCACACAUCUGCUGUUUGUUUUGUUUUUAGCUUAAGGGGAUGAUGAUGAUACUCUGGAUUUCAGACUGUCGAAAUGAUGUUUGUUUGGGGGGAGGAUUUCAAAUGUGUAAUUCUUCUAAAUUUGCUGCUUAUUUGGAGUUCAUUUCUAGCUUUGUUUUUGGGUGGCUGGUCCAGCUUAGGUGUUCAAUCAGGCUCAUGAAGUAGAGAGGCUUCAGUAUUCAAAGCUGACAGCCUGGGUUCAGCUUCUGCUGCUGGCCUUUACCCCAUUAAAUCUCUUACCAUUUCUACUCAGUUUUCUCUGACAUUCACCAUUCUGUGUCUAAAUUAAGACAAAAAAAAACUUACAUAGAAAACAAAAAGUUUGCCCUCCACUCUUUGAGAAUUUGAUAAAUGCUGGUUAGUGAAUCACCAUUGGGCUCAAAAAGUACUUUUUUUUUUUAUUUUUUAUUUUUUUUAAUUGUUAUAACCUCAUAGUAGUUGUAAUUUUCAGCCACAGUGUCAGAACAUAUUGGUCUUGUUGUUGCAGGUGUAAUAAAUCCAUUACCCCUUAAUUGUUCUCAGUGAUUCUACUCACCGCCUGAUUGACGAGGGCACUUUCUCCAAGCUCCAACCACACCUGAUUUGGAAACAGUCCUGCCAGUUUUAGCCUGCCCCUGGGUCUCAAAGAGGAUUUAGCCAGUGUCAUUUAAGACAAUGAUUAACUGUAGUGUGUAGCAUCCUACCUAGCUACACAAUGACUGACAGGAUAUAUUCACUCUUGACUGCAUCCUCCCACUACAAUAGUCUCUAUAUUGGAAUUAAUUCCCUGUUAUCCCAGCUUAUAGAAACACUGCGCCCUCUUAUUAUGUGGUCCUCUAUCCCAGUCAGACUGUGUUUUAAAGAGCUUCACAGCACAAGGACAUAGUGACUUUCCCUGUGAUUACCACCGGGCUAAGCCACGCCGCAAGCCUCUUAUUCCCUCUGCAGCUGGAUCAAGCAGUAAAAGUUACCCAUGAUCCCCUCAGUGGCCAGAGUUCACAGUGGACAGCUCCACUGAUGAAUGAAAGGUCAUGAUCAACAAUAGACUCGAAAACAUGCAAACAAUAAAAGUGGUGCAAGUGGCUGUGUAUUUUAACUAUUACGCUGCAACUCAGUUAUGUUUUGUUGAUAUAUUUAUUAUUUAGUGUUUUGGUUCACAUUGACAGAAAUACUCUUCAAAAUUUAAAAAGCCCAGAGUGAAACCAAACAAUCAGUUUCUGACCCACAAACACCCAAACGCUUUAUUUGCCUACAUUAAAACAACAGAUAUGGGCAGCAAACCCUCACAUUUCAGAAGCAAGUAAGACGUUUAGGCAGCUGAAACCACACAUGAUAAAAACGGUCCCCCUAAAUGUCAAGUACUUUCUAGAAGUUCUGUUUUUUUAUUCAAACAAAAGUAAUAAACCUGAUCAUGAACACAGUAAUGCAUAUAGAAAGUUAAUAUUUGAAGAUCAGAGAUCAAGCAAUGUAUUGUAACACAUCCCAUCUGCAUGUGUUUAAUAGUAAAGUCUUAUUGCCUGGAAUUCAUUUAUUGAGCAAUCGCCCUAUAGGAGCAUGUCUAUUAUAUUUCCUUUCCUCACGGUCGAUACUGGAGAUGAACCAGUAUGUUAAAUUAUGAUUUCUCCAUCAUUAACAUUAACAUAGAAUUAGAGACGCUUCCAAAGCAAUCAAUCAAGAAGUCGAUAAAACUGAAAUUUUCAAAACUAACUGAUCAGUUUAAAGUUAUAAAAUCUCCUGCAAAACAGUCAGAAUGUAUUGAACACAGCUAAACACUGACUACAUCUGUGGGUGUCAUGUCAAAUGGUUUACUGAGUGUGGGUAAUGUUCAAAGAGCUGGCAUCACAACUUUUAGUUCAGCUAGCAGGUUAACAUCCACAUGUCCAUGCUGCUUUCACAUAGCUCCAUUAGAGUGGGAAUUUGCAUGAAUACUUUGACCAGACACAGCUUACAGAGAACUUUAUCUUCUAUCUUGCCUGGUUCACACAGGAAGCGCCUGGUUCACACAGGAAGCGCCGCGCGCGGAACGGAAGCGCCGCGCGCGCGCGCAGCGCCGGCUCGCGCUUGGCUGUUCACACAGAAAGCGCUUUCUGCUGCGCUCUGACACGCCGGUCAGACAUCGACUGAGCCCGGCAGUGCUCGGCCGUUUCCGUCUGCCCUCAGUUUUCCCCACUUACGAGCGCUUUAAAAAUGGGUAAAUCAAUAUUCAUUUACGUUUUUAUUUCGUCAUACAUAAAUAAAAUAUUGGCAGCAUCUUCAAGUAUUGUUUUAAAAUAUUAUAUAGGGGUAAACAACGAAUGAAUUGGGGAGUCUGUUGACUCCGUUGUAUGUAUAGCCUUGUUAGCUCGAGGCUAUUGACUGUAUCGUAAUAAAGCCCCCCUCCUUUGUCUCAAUAACGUCACUGAAUCUCUGCAGCUCUCCCUCCGUGUGUGUGUGUGUUUGUGUGUGUGUGUGUGUGUGUGUGUGUGUGUGUGUGUGUGUGUGUGUGUGUGUGUGUGUGUGUGUUCAUCGGUAAAAAAAUAGACCGACAAGCAACACCGUAAAUCCUUUUCUAAUUUAUUGAAAUUUACUUUAUUUUGAAAAUUGACCGGAUUCUCUCGCAUCUCCUUCCUGACUUCCUGUCUGGUCCGAUCUGCUCUGCUGAGCUUUACAACGGCGCGCGCGGCUCGCGCCGAAAAUAGAGAGAAGCGGGGCAGCCGCGCUCCAGAGCGCGAGCCGUUCCGCGCGCGGCGCUUCCGCGCGCGAGCUGUGUGAACAGUCUCAAAGGUUAACAUGGGCGCCGAUCUGAAACUCUGUGCGCGGCGCUUCCAGUGUGAACCAGGCGUAACUGUGCCACACUAUGAGAUGCCAGCUGUUAUCUCUGCCUGUUCACAUCCAGGUAGUGGAAAGUCGUAGUGUGGCUUUAGCCAUUAUUUGUAGCUACAGUGUUGGCUAGUGGCAGAUGGCGGCUGUGUUGUAGCUUAGACACAAUUUAUGAGCAGCAUUUUGAGCUUGAUAAAGUUUUGUUGAUUCUCUUAACUGUCACAUGGUACACAUCACAUUAUUGACAAACUGGGCAUUUCCUUUAUAAAUUUCAUUGAUUAGUAUUAGAUCUGUAGUAAGCACAGCAGGGUUGUGUUUGGACUUCAUGCUUGUCUUUGUGCUUGUUUGGUUCAGGUUUAACUAACUCAAAAGUAAUGAUAACCUGUUUAAAACUUAAAUCUAUAAAUCUGUAUCACUGCUUCUUUCUCAGAAUCACGGCUUUGAGAAAACCUGAAAUCAUAGUAAUUUUUGACUUAUGUAAAGCCAUCAAAGUGAAUUAGAUCAUAGAUCUGUUUAACCUAGAUGUUAAUAAAUUGAUUUUCUAUUCUAUUUAUUUGAGCUCUUAAUCUGAGGAAUAUGAUAUCAUUGCAUAAGGAUUUCAUUGAGAGAAGCGUGUUUUAUUCUGGAUUGAAUGGAGAAAAGAGCAGCACUCUCACGCUCACAUAGAUCAUUUGCACAUUUUUCUGUAGCUCUUCCUAGCUUGUGCUCAGACUCAACUGUAGCAUGUCAGCUAUCUUAACCUCCACUCUCUCAGCUGUGUGCUCAGUCAAAACAUUUGCUCAGUGUGUUUCUGGGUGGGCUGGCGGCCUCAGCAGUAAAGAUAUGAAGUGGUUCACAGUUUGGUGCCAGAAUGUUGCCUCUGAAGAUGGCUCGGUUUCUGUGUGUGAUGUAGAAGAGCAGUGUGAGCUCUGAAGUGGUCGGUGAAGUGGAGCAAGUGGACACCACGUACUUUGUACCAUGUGUGAGCGUAAAAAAAUUUGGAUCACAUUGCAUAUAUCUUUACAGUAGUUAAACCCUGAGUUUGGCUUCACUAAACUAUUCUCUACAAUACUGGAGCAGUAAAAGACAUUAUUUUUAGAUGUUAUAUUGUGUAUUAGGGCUGGGCGAUAUGGCCUCAAAUCAAUAUCACAAUAUAUUGAGCAGUUCACCACGAUAACAAUAAAUGGAUGAUAACUACUCCACAAGCUGCUCAUCCCCUCCCACAUUAACUUCGUCUACUUCAGGCACCGCUCCAGCCACUACAACUUUUGAACCGCCCUCCAUCUCCUCACCUGUCUUUCCCUCUUUUUUAUAGACUUGAUGGGGUGGAGUCAUGACCCUGACGUAGGACAGAGCCUUAAAAGGGAUAUGAGACCAUAGCUUACCUACACACAUCCAAAACCAACUUUUAUUUAUUUAUUUUAUUGACACUAAAUAUUUUGACAUGGGCAAAAUGACGUUGGUUAUUGUUGUAAAUUUCGGUAUCAGUAAUUCUUCAGUUUAUCGCCCAGCUCUAUAUAGAACUAAGUUAUAUUUAGAAUGGAGGUUGUAAUCAUUAAUGAUAAUGAUGGAGGUUCUCAACAUGUUUCAUAAUGAAGAGUGAAUAAAAAUCUGAAACUCAUGAUGUACAUGAGUGCACAGCACAAACCCCAGACUGGCUUCAGGGCCGAACACUUCCACUUUCAUGGUGGUUAAUCAUUGGUUGACUGGAACUACAAGCUUAUUUUACAGCUUUCUGUAUUUGUGCAAAAUUUACUGGUCACAAACAGAACUUUGUGCACCAAUUUAAUGGAUCAGGAUUGGGUACAGUCCAGACUUUUUCCUCUCGAUCAUAUUGGUUUUAAAGCACUUGAUCCUCUUUUGAUUGCUUGUGUGUUUUUAUUGAUCUUGAACCUGAUGAAAGCUUGAGGAGGUCCUGUUCAGACUCCCCAUGUGAUAGCAGAUCCACUCCUGCAAGCUCAAAGACACAUUGUAAUUUACAUUUGGAUCAUCAAAGGACAACACUGGUGCCACUUUAUUUUUUCUUGUACAGAAUGUCAUAUUUUGCUGUUUUAGGUUUUCUCAAGGAUAAAUUUGCUCUCUCCAGCAUUAAAUGAAUGAAAAUAAUAUCUGAUAUUGGAUAUUUGUAUUAGAGCUCUAAAAUCAUACAUAAACAAAUGUAUGCAAUUAUGGCUGUCAGUAGAGAUAGUGGAGUUUCUUUGCUUUGUUGAGCUCACGCAAUAUUAUUGACUGUCUGUGUCUCCACAGGUGAUGGCGUCCCAAAAGAAAACAGUCCCUUUAUCAACAACACAGACAACGACAAAGGCAACAGCUACGAUGGCACCAACAUGGCCCUUUUUGAGGUAACCUACUAGCAGUUUUUUCUCUGUUAAACAUGCCUCUUUAGACGAAGAAACAGUAGUUUUACUGCACUGAGAGACGUGAAAUGGACAUUUUUUAAUAUAGUAAAUUAAGAGCCAGAGACGACAAGUAUAACUGUGUUUUAUGUAAACAUAGAACUCAAAUUUGAUCCAGUGACGAAGAUGUAGUCUUUCAUCAGUGCAUAGUGAGCUGCUAAGUUAGGGUUAGCCAUGGUAGGAACCAAACAAACAGGAACUAAAAAAAUACUUUCCUGAGAUUAACAAUGUGAAAAUCAAACAGUGUGUUGCCAUUUAAGCUGGUGUGUUCUUGUCAAGUCCGUACAGCUGAGCUCUUGCCAGGUGCUUUUCACUGCCAUCUGGCAGACCCUGCGGCUCUGCGGUCUCUGGUCCAUAUUUAGGCCCUGCAGCUUCACUUGUCCUGACUCUUUGAAAUGCUUUGAGUAGGCGACCAAAUAUUUCACUGUUCAUUUUAUUGCUGGGGAGAUUUGUUCAUUUUGUUGUUGACAAGUCAGAGUUAGAUUUUUAUAUGUGGAAAUUAAAUUUUGCAUAACUGUGUAAUUCUCUCAAUUUGAACUAGUGACAUUGGCAUAUAAGGCACCAAUGUUGUGGGGGGCUUCCUGGAGGAAAAGGGUUUUAACUCUGCCCCCGUAUGAAGACCCAUUGUCCCAGUGUCCAGCAAUUAUUAGUUUGUCUGCAUCUGUGUAGCUCGUCAUAGCUCAAUCUAUUAUCGUCUCUCUGCCUGCAACAUGAACAUCAGUUGAACCCAGCUUACAGUAGCAUUUGGUGGUUGUGAGGUGCAGACAGACAGACCCCAGUUUACAUCAAUUCUAAAUACGGUAUGAGAGUUACCAUCUAAUCAAUAAGAUAUGAGUGAUAGCUUUAAGUUUAUCCAGAGGGAAUAUUUUAUAUCUUUCACCUUGAUGUUAUGUAGUCAUCGGUAUAUGUAGCUGAUUGAUUAAAAAGCUGACAACUUUAAAUGAGUAUUUCAGCAUGUUAAAAAAUAAUCUCUCUAUUGUAGGAGGAGAUGGACAGCAACCCCAUGGUGUCAUCACUCCUCAACAAACUGGCGAAUUACACCAACCUCACCCAGGGGGCCCAGGAGCAUGAGGAGGCAGACGAUGACGAGGGGCCGAAGAAGAAAGCUGUUAAGGUACAACUGAGAGACCUGCUUUAUAAAAGAUCUCUAAUAAAGGUGGAGCUGCCCUGUCCUGUUACGGCACAGCUCUGUUCUAAACGGGUGCAUGUCAAAAGAUAAUGUUGUAACCUGUUGAACCGUCAUUACAUAACAGGGUCUCUGACCAACAGAACGCUGCACUUUUGUUUCAUUUAGAAGUUUUUUUUGGAGGGGUAUAUAAACUUUGGCACCUUCAUUUUUUUCUGAGUUCUGUAUCCAUGCUGAACUUUUUUGUAUACUUUGUAAUCUUUUGUAAUAUUUUACAGAUAAAAUUGUGUUGUUUAUUUUUUUUAUUAGGUAUCUUUUUAUUAGCUUCUUAAUAGCUUUACAUACUGCAUAUGUGUGUGUGUGUUUUUGUUUACAUGAUACAGGAACACAAGGCACAUUUUCUAUCAAAUGUUAUCAUACUACCUUCAUUAACAGUUAACAUACAUAAUAGUGGAAUAACUCAAGAAGGAGGAAAAACUGUCCCAAAGAAAAAGUAACAAACACUUCAAAACAACUUAGUUUACAUUGGUACUGUCACAGAGUCGACUGGCGGAGUCUGCUCUUUCUUUAGACCAGAUUAAUCUCCUUAGCAUACAUUAAUAAGAAGCUGUUUCUCUGCUUACCUACAUGACCUUUUGAACCUGUACAAUCCAUUAUAUAAAUGCAUUAAGGACAGUAACUUUCACAGUCCAGCAGCCUCUCUCUUCUCUAAGGGUCAGCUCAUGCCGGAGAGUUGCUCUGGUUCCUCACUUUAUUCUUGAAGGUUUUUGUUUUUCCAGUGUAAAAAAAUUAAAACAAGCCAAGACCCGCCAUGCCAUGUGUACACAAGAUACUUCUAUACCCACGACUUUGGUCAACUCAAAUCCAUAGGCAGCAAUUUCUGGUAGAUAAUGCAUCUGACUCCUAUCCCCCCUUUACCGUCUAAACCAGGGGGAUCAGACUUCCAUGUUAGCUUUCUGUCAACCAGGAUAAUUGAUUUGUAGUUUUAUGUGUUUAUCAGACAAUGUUUCUCUAUUCCUAGCAUGUGCCUCUUGAAGGUAAGGUAGUUUUCAAAUCACAGUUUUCCUCAAAGAAUGCAGUUUUUUAGAAAGAAGCGCAAAAAGAUUGUGUCACUUUUUUUCACAGGAAAGAUUUAUUUUGUGUGCAUCAACACAAAAUUCUUCAUAUUCAUCACAGCUUUUGAUUCUCUUUUUUUUCCUGAUUAUCUUUGCUGUGUUUCUGACCUGUGUGCUCCACCCAUCUCCAUCCUCCUUCCUUUGUACAGAGCCCACAGAUGGGGACCUUCAUGGGUGUCUACCUCCCUUGCCUCCAGAACAUUUUGGGGGUCAUCCUGUUUCUGCGACUUACCUGGAUAGUCGGCACAGCUGGUAUCCUGGAGUCCCUGGCGAUUGUCUGCCUGUGCUGCUCAUGUGUAAGUACUCAUAAUUCAUUGCUGGCAUGUAAUCCUUCUUGUUAUUGCUGAUUUGUCUCAGUCUUUAAAAUGGUUGCUUGUGUUUGAAUCAGUCUUGACAUAAAAAAGGUAAAUAGCAGGGAGUUUUUUUCUUUCUGCAUCAGAAGGCUAAAACUUCUUCUUUCAGAUCAGCACAUGGUACUUCUGUUAAAAACAUCACAUUUCUGCCGUGUGCUUUGCCAAAAGAGGUGUUCCCCUGCGGCCUUGAGAAGUCAUUAGUUGCACAAUCGUACUCAAUUUAAUUUGAUUUAAGAGAAAAACUAUUCAAGACAGGGAGUUUUGUACUUGCAAAAACAUCAAUAUCAGCCUUGGGAUUCUGUUGCAGAGUUGCAGAUGCAGAACAAUUGAUAUCCCCUUGCACUAUACUUCAAAAAGGAACAUUUCUCAUAAACUAAAAAUGGACAGACUCUGAAUGUAUUAAGUUUUUGGAGGUAUUUUGUUUCUGAUGCUAAAUCCGGAAUUGAUUUUUGCUCAUUUGCAUGUUUUUUUACUUGUUACACACUUUAUACUUCUGUUACUCUGAUUUGUACCCUUAUGUAACCUUCAGGCUUGGUUUGUUUUGAUUCUGGAGAUAUAAUGCAUUGAAAAAUACUUAUGGAGAUCAUGUCACAGCAUGUUAAGUGCUGAGGGAACAUUUUCAUCACAAGUUGUAACAUGUAAAUGUCCCACUUUAAUUAGUCAGUGGUCAAGUUUAGUUUAAAGGUAGGCACGUUAAAAGAGGAAUGGAGUUUCUCUCACUGUCAAUAUGUACAUCACUUGUCCCUUACUGAGUUCCAGUAGCGCCUUUAUAGCAGUGACGUGCAUGAUUAUGUAAGAGUGACUGUAAUGUACACAUCCAGCCUUUUAAUGCAUUAUGAAUACAUUAACACAUAAGGGUGAAGAUGAGUUCACAUGCUGGAGUGUUGAGGUGACAUCAGGGUCAGAUGCUGCCUCAACUUUCAACAGCAGACUUGUGAAUGUUUGAUUGACAGCUGUAAUGAAUGACCAGCAGGUUCACUUAGUGGCCACUGAUCCCUCCUAUAUUUAACCACUCUGACUCUCCCUUUCUCUUACGCUCCUCGCUCCUAAUAGUGCUCAGGCCGCUUGACUGCUAAUCCUUUCCAUCUGCAAAGUGUCAGAAACAUAGCGACAUACACACCCACACAGUGGCUAUAUUUGACAACCUUACGACAGACAGUGGAUUACUCUGGUUUAAUCAGGGAAAGUAAAAACAAAAACCUCGAGUACCAGCUCACCUGGAUGCAUUUGACACAUAAUGAAAUGCUCUAAUUUCAUGACUCACAUUAUGUAACUAUAGUAUGGUCAAGUUUGACUGAGAGGACACACACUUCACUAAGUGGUUGUUUUUAUUCCCUUUUACAUACAGGGAAAAAAAGCAUUUUUAUUAUCAGAUGUAAUGUAACCCAGAGCAUUGUGUCUGUUAUUAUUUAUCAGUAUCAAUCUGUAGCUGUAAUAUUAGUGUGCCUAUAAGAUAAGGACUUCAUUUCAUAUAUUUCAAUCAAAUUAAAGUGCAUUUUACAGGGUUAACCCUUCACUGCGUCACCACUGUUACAUAAUCAGAAAGCUGAGCUUAGUGAAACAGAUGAAUGUUCAUUUUUCGCUGCUGAGACCAGGUCUGACUUUGCACUGAUGGUUCCACAUCAGCCCCCUGUUAGAAGGUCAUAGACCCAGCAGUAGAAAAACCUAAAAAUAACUGCUAAGUAAUUCAGUUGACUUCAAUUCAGAUCAAGUUUUAUUUACUCGAACUGCUUUUGCUUUAAGCCCACUUUCACUCUUUCAAAAUAAAAGCUGUUACAACUUAAUCAAACCCGAAAACGACUUAUUCAAACAUAGAGCUUCUAGUGGCUGAAGCCAAAUUUACUGGAUUUAAGCACUUGGCUAUUUUUAAUGAAUCAAACAUUUGUAAGGAGAGAUAGGGCAGUGAGCUGGAUGAAAUUAUUAACCUGACAUACCUUUUAAUUGACCUUUAAUAUCUUACUUCUUGUUAAAUUACAACCUCCAGUCAAUCAACUUUAUAUUACCAAUACUAAAAUUAGAGCAGUUAAAGUUGAACCACUGCAAAAAUAAAGUGUGACGUCUGCUGUUUGUUAUUAUGUUUAUAUUUGAAAUAGAUUGUUCACCCAUCCUAAUUUAAUUACAUAUAUUCAUUUCACACCAUUGGAGUGUUUUUACUUGCAGUUUGGUGCACAUUAUUUAUGAGCUGUCAGACAGAACUGAAUAAUAGUAUUCAUAUUAAAAAAUACAAGAUGAAAUAAGAUAAAGCCUCUUAGAAGCUUGUAGGAUUUACAGCAGUACAGGAUGCAGUAAAUGAUGUAUCUAAAGGCAUUUAUUCGUUUAAGAGUGGUGUAUAUUCAGAGGUUGCAGAUGUUUCCUCAGUUCAUCAGACUAUCUCAGCAGCUGGAGGCUGAUUUAUCCUGAUCUGAUGUUCUGCUUCAUGAGCUAAAAACAUCUGAACAAUGUCACACUUUUUAUUGAAUUUUCACUUUAUGUUUCUGCAUGAAUCAAUAUGGUAAGAGCACACAAAAAUUUGUGUUGUCCGUCUACAUUAAAUUGUAGAUUUUACAUAACAGAUUCACGUGACAUCAGUAACAUCCGCUGAGUGUAAGAGAAGUCGGAUUCUCCCAACACUGCAAUUGUCUUUCUCUAACUCCUAAUUUAGAGAAACUCCUAAUUUUAACCUUUCUUUAACCCUGUGAUGUUUACAACUGGGGUUCAGGAAAAUAGGAUAGGAAAGAACUUAAGUUGUAAAUUUUGGAUAUUCUGGAUCUACCCCAGCUGUUGUGAUUGCAAUAGCAACUAAUACCAGUUAUGUUAAUGUUUAUGUUUAUGUAUUACUCUCCAAUUUUCCGAACUUGAUAUGAAUUUUUGGCACAUGAAGAGGAAGAUAUGUCUAAUUGGGUGCAGUUACUUUCAACACUACAAGAAAGCAGGGUUAACUUCAUAAGAUAUCCUGCCAGAUUUGAGGUGAAAUUGGUAAUAAUCAAGCUGUAAUUCUCUCUACAAUCUUAGUGUGAAGACAGAGAGUAUAUCCUAAGAUUUCUGAGUAGAACUGGAUUUCAUCCCGUCCAUACAGAGCACCUUAGUGAUCGAACACAGUGAGGGGAAUUUAACUAAUAAAGGAGAAAAGCUUUAUUUCUUAAAGAAAGCUAUGCUGUAAUCUCUGUUUUCAGUCUCUGGAACUGUGUUGUAUUUUAUUUGAUUUCAACAGUGAGGACACGCCUCCUGUUACACUCAUUCGCUGUCAAGAUGAGUGAGUGUUCAGCUAUUUAGGGAUUGAGGGGAAGCAGGAAGUAAAACUGUCUGCUAAUUGGCUUUUCUCCAGCUUGUCUGCCACUUUAAACCGGACGCCCGGCAAAGAGCACAUGGUGUAUCUUGGUCAUGUCCUUGUCCUUGCCCCACACCCUCUUUUUGUCACUGUCCUCUCUGUUCCCUCACCGUCAUGCUUUCUUUUUGUCUUCCACCGUGCAAGUUUAAACUUUACCGUCUUUCUAACUUGUCUUUGUUCUUCUUAUCUCUGCCCUUCUCUCUUCUCUGUCAGAGGUAUUAUGAGGUAACAGGCUGACGUAAAUAUCCUUCACCACACUGACUGAUUUCACAGAAAAGCUGGUAUCCAUUACCAAUCCGUAAGAUUUGGAGCAUUAGCUGUUAAGAAGUCAUUUACAGGCUACAUGCUGGAUUAAGCCUCGUUAGUAUCCCAUUGAUCAGAAAAUCCGGAAAAUUACUGAAUAUAAAGAAUUGUGAGAUGACAAAAAAGGUCAAGGAGUUGGUUUGAAAUAGGUGACAGCUGUCUCAAAACCCCCUUUGUCUUCAAAUACAACAAUGAGACUCAAAUAAAACUUUGACUUUAACAUGCUGACAUCUCUGACAGAGUUAAAAUUAGUGAACUUCUUCCUGAUUUUGUUGUCCUCUGUGUUUUCUCUUUGUAGACCAUGCUGACAGCCAUAUCCAUGAGUGCAAUUGCAACUAAUGGUGUUGUGCCAGGUAAGUCACUUCAUUUCACACACAUACAUGAGCAGCAACAAGGCUUGAAUUGUUAAGAGAGAAUACAUUAACUAGAGUCUAACUCUGUCUUUCAGUUUGAGUUGGUAAUGGGAUUUAAGAUUUGUUGUAUUAUUGUAUUAUUAAUGUUUAAACUAAGUUCUUGCAUGAAGACUGCAAUUGCAUCCUGUGCUAUAUCUGUAUUGUAGUUGAACUCCACCUGUGGUCAUGCCUUUGGUGACCUGCACCACCCCCUCAGCUUUGUGCAUUGGUGUAUAAUCCUCAACUCACUUUUUAAACCUGUUAAAGGUGCAUCUUUGCACCAAAUCGUUCCAAAAACCUCAAUCAGUACAUACUAAAUACAUAGUAUAUAAUCUGAAUACAAUAAUUGCAUUUUAUAUUAGAGGUACUUUUCAUUACACUGUAACAUCGCCUCACCAUAAUGCAGAAUCAACCCCUUUCUCUCUCCAGUGAACUCUGUUUCUGGCUCAUUUUUGUGAGGGCUAGUUUGUGUUGCUGAUACAGGAAAAUGACAUGCCGAAGAGUCAAGCCUGAAAGUAAGGCAAUGGCAGAAGUGGUGGUCUUUCAAAAUAAGAUGAAAAGAAAAAAUAAAUUUUAAGCAAUGUUAUUAUUAUAAGAAUGAUCCACAGACCGGUAGUGGUCCUGGGCCCGGUGGUUGGGGAUCUCUUCCCUAUAGAACAGAAAACAUCCAUUGCACUCUGUCCUUCACAGAGUUUGCUCUCCUCAUGACAGGUUCAUAUUUUCAAGAUUCCAUAUCACAAAUGUACACCAUGUGGUUUUGGGCCUCCCAGGUUUCCUUUUGCUUUGUGGUGCCCAUUUAAAGACAGCUAUUUCAAUCCAUCCUGUCCUGUGAUAUUCACAGUACAUAGUCUGGCCAUCUCUGCUGCCAGUAUUCAUGUACAAAAUAGAGUAGUGAACACAGAAUACGGUGCUCAAAGAAGCAAGUGUCUAUGCAAAGCAUGGUCAGAUAAACAAUGAUGUGGGUGUGCCACUUUUUAGCAGUUACAUCUUAAGUGAACUAUUAUCAAACAGUGACAGAGAACAGUGGUAUACGAUCCAGUAAAUACUGUCCAAUGAUGGAAAAGACUCCUCAAUUUAAGAUGAGUGACCAGAGAUGGGUGAUUGGGCUCCGGGCAGAGUCAUCUGGCAGGGGGUCUGUCAGUGUCUCAUAACUGUCAAAGUGUCUGUAAGCUGAGCUCAACUGCUGUACCAAUUACUAACAGGAUUGCAGAUUCCACAUAGUAUAAUCAGAUGGUACCAGAAAAAAAAAACUACACAGCUGCACAGAAACUGCACACUGCAGAUUUUGCUAAAUGCAGUGGAAUUUGUUACUCUCGAAAACAGCUAGAAACUUUUUUUCCUCUAAGACUGCAUCUGAUGUUUCAGUGAGGAAUCAUAUCUCAGAUUUAAUGGUAAAAGAAAAGGGUUAUAGAAGUUCAUGGACUGAAAGAUGCAACUUGGGUGUUGCCAUUCAGUUGAGAUCUUAAUUUAGAUUUCUGGAUAUUAAUGCAGAAUCUAAAGGAGAAGAUUGAAGUUGACAAAUUCAUCACAGUUUCACUUAGUAGCCUUAGAUACUGUUUACCAGUGACACAUUUUGGAGAGGAGAGUUUUUUAAGAGUCCCUGGUUGAAAUGUAAUAUUCAUUUUUGGAUGGCAGUCCAGCUUCAGGUUUCUCGUUUACAAAGACCUGCAGAAGUCUUACCUCAGCCAGACAUCUGCUGACUUUACCAGAGGCUGAGAGGAAUAGACCUCAGAGGCAAAGUUGUCAUCUUAUAAUAUCCAGUUGUUUUGGAGGUUAAAAUUAUAUUGUUGUUUGAGUAUAAGUGAGUAUUUGUGCUCAAUAUAACCCACCUUUCCCUCCUCAUCCUGUUAAUUUUAUGGUAAUUUAUAACCAUGAAGCUCCCCAAUUAGGAGUCCUGGGGGAUGACAAAAACCCUGACGAUCAUAUUUUUAAGGUCACAUUAGAAAUUUGCAAGUAAUCAUAAACUUUUAGAUAACCUUACAUGAAAGAAGCUGGUUUCCUGUCCUUGUUAAACUUUGUUCUGUUUUGUUUCCUUCUUUCGCAGCUGGAGGCUCGUACUACAUGAUUUCCAGAUCUCUGGGCCCUGAGUUUGGUGGAGCUGUGGGUCUCUGCUUCUACCUGGGUACAACCUUUGCAGGCUCCAUGUACAUCCUGGGUACAAUAGAGAUCCUACUGGUGAGUCAAUGCUGUGUGCUAUCUUGAAUAUCGUGGAUCACAGUUUGUUGGCUGAAUGCUGUGUUGUAGAUUAAAACUUUGGAUUGACAUAUAUUCAGUUUUUUUUUUUCUUGGUCUUGUUUUCAUUACUCUCCUCCCUUUUUUCCCUUUGCAGACCUACAUUGUGCCUAAAGCAGCCAUCUUUGUGGCAGAGAAAAAGGAGGAUGAAGUGGACGCCCUUCUGAAUAACAUGCGCGUUUAUGGCACAUGCUGCCUAGCACUGAUGGCUAUAGUAGUUUUUGUUGGGGUGAAAUAUGUCAAUAAGCUCGCUCUAGUCUUCCUGGCCUGCGUCAUUCUGUCCAUCCUCGCCAUCUAUGCUGGAGUCAUCAAGACCAUCUUUGAGCCACCGGACUUCCCGUAAGUCCCCUGUGCAGAGGUGUCCCCAUAAUUCAUUCAAUACAAAGUCACCAUUUUUCCAGGAAAAAAUACUUAUAACUGUUUAAAUAUUAAAGUGUCCAAUUUACGUGAUCUAAUUCCUGCUCUCUCUUUUCCUCACACAGUGUUUGCAUGUUGGGAAAUCGUACUCUGCAGAAUCACAACUUUGACAAAUGUUUGAAAACAGAAGACAUAGACAAUGUGACAGUCACUACCAAGCUGUGGGAGCUGUUCUGUGAUGGACCCGGGCUCAACGCCACAUGCAACGACUACUUCGACAACAACAACGUCACCUUGAUACAGGGCAUCCCCGGACUGAAGAGCGGAGUCAUUUCAGGUUUGAAAACAUUUUCCAAAAAAUAAAGACACCCACAAGCAUUUCAUCGAAACUUUGCAUCCUAAAUUUCUCUUUUUGGUCACUUUGCAUCAUUUUUUUCUUUUUGUUAAAACAUGAAGUGAUUUUUACUGGUCAAGGCAGCAUUUACACUUAAAAUAGGGCUCAUAUAGCAUUUGAGGGAUCUCCUACUGUCAUGGACUGCAAAUAUCGCUCCAAAGCAGAACAUUCCUCAUGUUAUGUAACUGUUGGCCAUGACAAACUAGUUUCACUCCAAGCUAUCAGAAAAAGUACAUUCCUGUCAUUUUUACUGUGAAGCAUGAGAAGGCGAGCAAAUGGAGGUGCCGUGCUAUCUCCUGAGUUACUAUCAUACUCCUUCUGCUCCCCCAACUCUACUUGCUCUUAUUUUCCUUUCCUUUCCUUUCUUCGUCCCAAGGUUCUUAACAAUAACUUCUCCAUGACUAGAUCAACUUAUUUUUCCUCAAGGAUGUUUGUCUAGACUCAAAUAAAUUCAAACUGCUGCUCCUUAUGUUAAAAACUGUACCAUGAUCUGUUUGACUUUAACCUCACUGGACCUGCCCACGCCAGCUUACGAACUACUGACCAUUCAUUCUUAUGUCAUAUCUUAAUCUUUGUAAUCUGAUCACAAGUGGAUCUAAUUUUAAACAGAUAAAAGUGUUAUGAAAGUUUUCAAAUUCUGUUUUUUUUCCUGACGCACAAGUUUCAAGGUUAUUUUUGGUUGUUUUUAGGCCAGAGGCUUCACAUUUUGGCCCUUCUUUUUGGCCUGUGUAUUUUCCAUCUUUCCAAACUCACCUUAGCAGUAGUUGAUACCACAUGUGGGGCACCCCUGGACUAGCUGGUUUAAGGUAUCCUUCCCAAGAACAGAGGUCAUGCCUCGGGUGGAUUUCCCUGGUUCUGGUCUGUGGCUCCUUUCCUGCAUGUUGCUCUUCCAUCUUUUUCCUGCUCUGUCCAUUUUCCUCUCUGAUGGAGGCACAAAAAGGUCCAAACAAAAGAAAAAAAACAACAUAUUUUCAAACAGAUGUUUAAAAGGGAAAUGGACACUGAAAAUAAAUAUUACCGUGGAGACCUUUGGUCAAUUUCGCUGCGGCCUCAUCGUAUUACUCUUCUGGGCUUUGGUCUCAUCACAUGGCAUUACAGGAACUAAAAUAAGGAAAUAUCAUCCAAGUCUGCACAAGUUUAGUUUUUCCCUGAGAAUAAUUAGAUUAUUUUUUUCAAAAGAAGAAGGUUGCUGUGACUCUAACCUCUGGUGUUGAGAAAUGCUGAAGUUCUUUGCGAGUCCACUCAGGGCUGGCUCCAAAAUAAAAAUAAAACCCCAUUAGAGCCCGUAUUUACAUUCCUAUCUUAACAGCAGAUUUAAACACAUUUACAGCCUCUUAUAAAAAAUGAUUGGUCACUGAUUCUCUUUUUUUUUAUCUGAGGCAACUGCAACAGGGCCAUAUUCUUUAUAACUGCUCUGUUUUGUUUAAAUUACAGUCAAGAUUUCUGUAUUAUUUGACAUAACUAAGCAAAUGACUGGUGACUGGGUUCCAGCCUCAGUUUCAUGUCUUUGCUGGUUUUCUAUAUCCCAUACCAGACCACAUCUAUGUUUACACAGUCUGCUGUUCAUGACCACACCCAGAGGACACUAACUCAAUAUAGUCUGGUUUUAUUUAUAGCCAUUCAAGUUAACAACAACAAGUUAACCAGGAUCAGGCUGUUGUUAUACUGGAGGGAAAAACUCAUUAAUGUGAACAGCAACAUACCUGGUUGCCGAAUGAACAUCUAAUGUAAUAAUGCUCCUUUUUCAACCCCAGUCCACUGUAUUCUUUGCCACCAGAAUCUUGACUCCUCUUUCCUCAUUUUAGUGUUAAGAGUCUGAUUUCUUUGUUUCUGCUGCCUUGUUGUCUCCUGCAGAAAAUAUGUGGUCCGAGUAUGGUCCUCUUGGUAUGAAGGUAGAGUCUAAGAUGUUGCCAUCUAACCCAGAAGGUGAUAGUUCCCGGGACAUUUACAUGCCGUAUGUGUUCAACGACAUCACCAGCUUCUUCACUCUGCUGGUUGGCAUCUACUUCCCAUCUGUGACUGGUGAGACUAAACCCAAAGACAACCCACACACAGACAUGAAGUUUUUAUUAUAGUUUAAGUUAGUCUUUCGUUUCAAAGUUACAGUGCAUAGUUGAAUGUUCAUUCCUCUGCCCUCUUCAGGUAUCAUGGCAGGUUCAAACCGGUCAGGUGACCUGCGGGAUGCUCAGAAGUCCAUCCCCAUUGGGACCAUCCUGGCUAUCGCUACCACCUCUUUCAUCUGUAUCCUUUAAGUUUUGUCAAAGCUGAGACCGGAAAGUAAAACAGAGUUUAGAGCCCAACCUAACAGGGCCAGUACCUAGAGUUUUAUGGGUUUAAUCUGCAGUGUGUCUAAACAGGGGACAGACUUCCUUCUAUGGAUACAGUUUACUUUCCUCAAUACUGCUUUCAGACGUCACUUGUGUGGUGCUUUUUGGUGCCUGCAUUGAAGGAGUUCUGCUUCGAGACAAGUAAGAGUUCAAAACAGAGCACGUGCAUCCACAUACCAGACAAAAGUUGUUUUAAAUUUUCUAAACAGAUAAUCUUGUUAUGAAAGAGGCCUUUCUAAAGGAAAACUAUUUGAAACAUUGAUGUUACAAUCCCCCUUCUCUCUCUGUCUGUGUGUUAGUAUUAUCUUUUAAGAGCAGAUGAAUCUGUUUAUGUGUUCUCCGAAACUGUGUCCCUCACAACUAUUUAGCAAUCAUGUGAUAUGAAUGGACCAGUGUGCCCUCUCAAACACCUUUUUAUUUAUUUUUAUGAGUCAUGGGAGAUGAUGUUGAUUCGUUAAGGCUGUAAUCAAAAGGUCAAGUCAAUUUUAGGAAACCUUCUUUUCAUAUAAAAGUACCCAGACCAUCUGUCGUUAGAGUUUACAACAUCAUAAAGUAAACUGGAAGUAAUUAUGUGAUGAGCAAUUAUGUUUAGAAACUGAGCUUGAUUCUUAAAAUUUUGACCAGCGUUGAAAUCAUGAGAGACCCUACUGUGUGUGUCUGCUUAUCACACACUAACAGUUUCAUUCACCAAGACCAGACUCUCCAAACUGGAAAUUCAUAAAACCUCAGAGACUAACAUGUCAAACCAUGAAUGGGCAAAUGUUGCUAGCUGCUCAGUGCUAUACAAUGUGACAUAUCUGUUGCACAGGCCCCAUAAAAUUGGUCCUUGCUACAAAUCCUUUUAAUGUUGGGAACUCAUUAAAGUUCCCAUGGGCCCACUUAAAUCACCACCUACAGGUCUUUGGUUUUCGCUGCUCUGAAAAGCUGUCAACAUCAUAUUUUCCCAACACUGAAACAAACUCCAAGAGGACCAUGAGAAGGACUUAAAAAACAUCUAGUGUGAAAGAAACAUUAGCAAAAAAUGAAAAUGAAGGACUAAGAAAAAAGAAAAACACAAAAAAAUACAACACUAAGUGGAAUAUUACUUAAUAUUCGAUGCAAGGAAGCUACUAUUUCUCUGUAGCUGCUGCAGAGAAAGUAGAUUACCCCUACAACAUUAUGAAGUCCUUAAAGGGAUAUUCCGGCGUAUAUUUAAGUAAUGGUCAAACACACCGUAACACCGAGUUAGACGCCCCCUCGAGAGAUGAAUGUUGCCGACUGCUUACUUCUCUAGUUUUACCAACUUCAGCAACGACCGAUAGCAAUACACAGUGGUCUACGUCUCCACAUGCAAACCUCAACCAAAAAGCCACUCUAUAGCCACAAGUAAUGCUCAGAACAGCACCUAACUUCAUCAACAGUACAUAUAGGGUCCCAGCCAUAGUACUAGCCACCAAACAUCUUUUUAGCUUUGCCUGGUUUCUUUAGCAAAGAGACUAAACACAACUCACCCACACUCCUCCAGCAGUGGGGGAGCCCUGACGAGUCGAUCACAGAGUGCAGUGGAGUUUCACAGCUCAAAGAAGAACAUUUAUGAUUAUUACUUCAUGGAAAUGCAAUCAGACCAAGACACUAAGGCAAAAGAACUACCACGUCUGCAGUGCAAAAUGAUCAUCAUAAUGAUUAUUACUUCAUGGAAAUGAUCUGCUGCACUCAGUGAUCGACUCAUCAGGGCUCCCACACAAACAAGCUGCUGCUGGAAGAGAGUGGGUGAGUUGUGUUUGAUCUCUCAUACUUAUCAUCAACCAUCAGAUAAUCAGGCUUCAUCUAACUUCUACUGUAUGGGGGAAAUCAGCCUAAUGACCAUGUAUUGUGCACUCCGCUUGGAAUGAAGUAUGAUUUCUGAGGUCGCACUGCAGUGUCUGAUUGUUUUUCUAUUUCAGAUUUGGUGACUCUGUGAAGGGGAACCUUGUCAUAGGUACUCUAUCAUGGCCUUCCCCCUGGGUUAUCGUGAUUGGCUCAUUCUUCUCCUGCUGCGGGGCGGGUCUGCAGAGUUUAACUGGCGCCCCUCGACUCCUGCAGGCCAUCGCACGAGAUGGCAUCGUACCCUUCUUACAGGUUUGACAUCUACAGCCAAAACACAUUGUCAAAUCUGUUUUUACUGACUGUGUUUGACUGUUUCUGUGUUCGCUGUUGUUUUCACUCCUUUUGUUCGUUAGGUGUUCGGUCACGGGAAAGCUAAUGGAGAACCAACCUGGGCUCUGCUGCUGACUGCUGGGAUCUGUGAGAUCGGCAUCCUCAUCGCCUCUCUGGAUGCCGUGGCUCCAAUUCUCUCCAUGUUAGUAACUGAUUUGAUCAAAUUAUUGCAGUGUUUUUUCCUUGAAAUUAGGUCUUUAAUAUGGCAAGUAUUUGCCCUCUUAAAGCUGCUUACAGUAGGUCAUAAAAUGGAGAUCUGGAUAAUGGAUGAGCCGUACUUCUCUUUUUUUUUAGGUUUUUCCUCAUGUGUUACUUGUUUGUCAACCUGGCCUGUGCAGUUCAGACUCUGCUGCGGACACCAAACUGGAGACCACGCUUCAAAUACUAUCACUGGUGGGUUGUGAAGUGUUGUGAGUAGUUCAUCCCCCUGCACAACCAAAACAUAAACUGUUAAACUGUCCCUUUUUAAGACCCACAAGUGACUAAGGCCAGAAAACCCCUUAAAACACCACACAACACACACACACACACACACACACACCUGUUCAGUUUGGUUUGUGUGAUGAUGACCUUUACUGAGAUUACUGCCAUGAUGAAAGCUGAGGACAAAAAAGGACAACACUAUUGUUAGCAGUGGAUGUCAUUAUUUUAUUUGACUUGUAAGCCUCUGGGCUGUCCUCUUAGACCAGUUUUCAUUUCAUUUCCAUGUUUCCAUGAGUGUGCAGAAAGACCUAAAACAGUUCUUACAUAAGAGGAUGGGUUUUUAAACUGUGUGUUUCCUCCUACAGGGCUCUGUCCUUUUUGGGGAUGAGCUUGUGUCUUGCGCUCAUGUUCAUCUCCUCCUGGUAUUACGCCAUCGUGGCCAUGGCCAUCGCCAGCUGCAUCUACAAAUACAUUGAAUACAGAGGGUAAGAGGGACUUUAUGUGAAGUAAAUUCCAUCUUCUCCUGUGCAAAAAUCAUUUUUAAUGGCCAAGUGUGAGCUUGGAAACUUUGACAGGAAAAGAACUGAACCAAAGGACUUCAGCUAUGUUAGAGAAUUAGCCCUCCAGAAAUGUAAACAGUUCACAUUGUACAGAGUUGCAGCUGCAGCUUUGAAAGUAGUUUGCAGUCAAAUGUGUUAUCUGAGCUGCUGUAAAUAAAUAAAAAAACAACCUUGGAUUUAGGAACCCCCAGUUCAUUGUUGGAUUAGUGAGCAUGUAUUUUAGGAUUAUCCACAUCAUCUUAAAUGACGUCAUGUAUCAUGUCCUGCCAGGAAAGACUGUGGGGCUUGAAAUAUAAAAUGAUCUUGCAAGAGAAAAACAUGGUGCCCCUCUGGUGAUGUUUGACGUUAUAAAAAAUUGUAUGUUCAGAGGAUAAUAACGCACCGCCAUAAAAUAAUGAACUUGUCAUCUUCAUUCUGAGACUGUUUAGUGUUUCUUUAGCUGCUUGCAAAACAUGCAAACUUAGGUGUAGACUGCAUCUUUUUGUGGUAGAUAUGAUUGUUGAACACUUCUGCAUGAUAUUUUUUAAACUGUUUUCAAUUAUAGUCUGUCACCUGUUUAUAAUAACACCUUCAAAGUUGUCCCAGAGUGCAUUGAUGUCUGUUUAUCCCAUGAAAUCUGGAAAUCUGAUUGGCCACCCCUGUGACCACUAUGAAAUCCUAACUUAUGAAUGACUGUUUGUCUUGUCAGAGGUGGUUUUGACAUUGAUAUCAGUGUUUUUUUUGUUUUUUUUUAACAGGCUGCAGAUAGCUCCUGUGCAUUUAGAUACCGAACAUUUUCUUUAGUUGGUGACUCCAGACAAACUUGUUCUUUUUGAGUCCCAACAGAACCAAAUUCAACAGAUUAAAAUCUUACCGCUGUUGAGUAACUCAAAUAUUUGAAUCUUUGACUUAGGAAUGAAACACUAUUUGCAGUAUUUUAGAUUAGAAGUAAAAGUAGAUGAGAACAGUGGACAUAAUUGCAAAGGUUUGGGGUAUGCCCCUCAAGUUAUGAACUGGGUUAGGAACUGUGCUCAUUUAAUUUUAAGGAGUUUGUUGUCUCCUACCAAACAGUGUUUGAGUGAUGCCAGAGGGUCAUCAGUGGCCACAUCCAUGUAUUUUUAUAAAUCAGAGAGAAUCAUUAUAUCGUUUUCCCACUUAAUUUUCUGAGCAUCAGCUGUUCUUAAAUACAUAAUGUUAGCAGACUGAAUCAACAUCACAGACAGUAAAUUCUUUGAAUGACAGAAGACUGGUGUGAAAACUGUUGUUAAAAUCUUGUCAUUUUUUCAUUGGCAGUAUUUUUGCUUGAUACUGGUUACAUCAUUGUCAUAAUCUUUUGAUAUCAGGGCAGAGAAGGAGUGGGGAGAUGGCAUCCGAGGUCUGUCUCUUAAUGCAGCCCGCUACGCCCUGAUUCGUCUGGAGGAGGCUCCACCACACACAAAGAACUGGAGGUACAGUACGGUUCAUGUCAUUUGUCCGUGUGCAUGUGAGAGUUUUUGUAGUUACAGGUGAUGUCCCUGCUGCGGAGGACAAAAGACAGACAAGAAUAGACAUUUGCUUAAUCUCUUGGUCCUCGACCUAAUCUGACAGAAAAGGUUGACAAGCCUUCAUAGUGUACAGAGGCACGCUGACCUUUCUGACUGCCUGUCCUGUUCACUCGUUUGUUCAGCAUGUUCAGUGUGGAUGUUUAUGUCAUGGACUUCAUGCUUCUAGUUAUCCAGACAGUUCCCACAGAGGAUAUCUCUUUUCUGACUGCCUGCUGUAAAUCAGUUUAGGACUGUAGGUUUGAGUUGAAAGGAAAUUUCUGCUUUUUUAGACCUGAGGUCUGUUGUUUUUUACACUUUGGGGUCUUGAUUGGAAGAAUAAAAACUUCUGAAUUUGCUGCUAGAGUUUUACUUUAUUUGACCUGUAAUACGUCUAUUAUAUUUUACUACAAAUCCACCGGAUCAAAAUUUGACUGUUGAAUAACCUUGUUUUUUUUUUUUUUUUUACUUCUGCUGGGCUCUGACAGCAAAUUUUACCACAGUGCAGUUGUAACUAAAGGGUAGACAGAUUAUUGGCAUUUCCCGAUUAUCAACUUAGAUAUUAGGUAUUUGUGCAAUAACCUGUGUCAGCCUUCUAAUUUAUAGACAACUAAUGAAAUAAAUUCACUCAAAAGUGCUUUAUUUGGGUCCACUGGUGAUUUGUCUUAUUGUCUGGGCAGGGCUCGAUAGUGUGACCAUUUCACUCGAAUUUGUGACUAAAAAAAGAUGCGUGCUAAUUGUAAAACGGAUUUAGGGGCAUGUGCGCAUAAAAAAAUCAGCUGAGGCAACAAGUGUUUUUUCAUGUAAAUACUGCAGUGAAGUUAGUUUUAGGUUGGAUAUUCGACAGACAUUCACUACGGAUCUACCGGUGACUUCCUACUUUCCAUAACCGGGAAUAGCAACAGCAGUGUGGUUAAAUCUACUCUGCAACAUUGGGUGUCGAAUGAGGGCAAUAAAUUACCAUUUGAUGUUCUCAAAAAAGGCUGUUUUCAUUUAAUAGCUUCCAUGUCAUGUGACAGAAAGACCUAAAUUGAUUUCAAAUAACAGUACUUACGUCAACCAAUAAGACAAACAUUAUUUGAUCAAUUUUCAUUGUGCCCUUAAAGUUCUAAAGUUAGUGUCAAGCCCUGCUGGGUCUGUUUUCUUGGACCACUCUGACCCAAUUUCCAAAAAUACAACCUGACCAUCUGUACUUUCAGUAUGAUUAGUAAACUGUUGUGCUUAUUGUUAUUGUCAAUGCAUAUUGGUUCUUAAUGUCAGUUAGCAGUCAUGUGAACAAACAGUCAGUAUUGCCUCUGACAACCCGUAUUGGUCUGCACUUAAAAGUAACUAGUUUUUUGGUGUUUUUGUCUUUGGGUCUAUAAAAAAAUUUGCUCAGAUUAAAAAAACUAUCAACACAAAUAAUUGAGUCUCCAGACAGUGUUCAAAAAGUCCAAUUACCAUUUUCCUUUCUUUUCUUACCUUGUCCUUGUAAUGAAUAAAAAGAAACCCCUCUCUAAGCAAAAUCCUCUUGUUAAAUUGUCAGAACAGUUUUAUUAUGUCAGUGAUAAAAGAAGUAAUAAAUAAUAAAUCAGGCACAUAUUCAAACCGCAUACAUUUAUUCUGUCCAUGAACAUCUUUAAAAACUAGAGUAUCUGUACUCAAACAGACUAAGAGAUAAAGAUAAAGUUGUCCCUCUUGUCCAGCCGACCUUUAUUUUGUUCCUAAUGUACUCUCUCUGUUUAUUUACCCAGGCCCCAGGUUUUGGUGCUCCUGAACGUGGACUCAGAUCAAGGGGUCAAACACCCUCGUCUGUUGUCUUUCACCACUCAGCUGAAAGCAGGGAAAGGCCUGACGAUAGUGGGGAAUGUUCUUGAGGGGACAUAUCUCACCAAAGAUGCAGAGGCGAAGAGGGCCGAGCAGGUAAAGUGAAGAGCACACACCUACAGUUGGUCUACAAAAUCUAUGUACAGGCCUGCUUAAAAUCAAAACCCUGAUUGAAGGGUCACAGCUGCUCAGAAAAUGCCACCUGUCUUAUCCCACCCCAUGUGUGAUACUCUUUAUUUAAUCUCAUUUAAUGAAGCUGAAAUCAAACAGGCUUCUGGGUUUGUUUUCACCUCUGCCCCACAUGCAAAUCUCCCAUGUCACCUUGGAUGUACUGUCAUGAAUUUUUGUUUGAGUCUGCCAUCUGCUGGUCAAACUGUGCAAGUCAUUAAAUUCUUCCUGCAUUCAGCCUGAUUUCACUCUGUCCUCAAAAGCAUUUUUAAUCAUGGGAUUACUUUUUUCUGCAAAGUCAAUCAUGUGCAGAGAAUAAAUUCCAGAUUACACAGACUGAUGGAUUCAUGGGGAUUGUUUGGACUCUUCGUACUGAUCUGUUACUGAAGAGAGUGCAGGAUGUCGGUUGAAGAAACGGGUUAUGUUGUGUCAAAGAUCAGCAUCAUGGAGAAAGAAGGAGAUCUUGCCCUUUUUUCUCAGUAUUAACCGCUGUGUCAUGGAUAUUCAUCUUCAUGCUUCAUGUUUUUUCUGUUUUUCUCCAUCCAGAACAUCAAGUCCUCCAUGUCAGCAGAGCGAACAAAAGGCUUCUGCCAUGUCGUGGUGUCUUCAAACCUCAGGGAUGGCUUUUCCCACCUCAUCCAGUCUGCAGGGCUGGGAGGAAUGAAGCACAACACUGUCCUGAUGGCCUGGCCUGGGACCUGGAGGCAGUCCAAUGACCCACAGUCAUGGAAGAAUUUCAUAGGUACAGAGUGGGGACAGUAUGACGCAAAUAUGAAUGAAAGCAUAUUUAUAGAAAUGCAUAGGAAUCAGUGUUAGAUUAUAUAAUGCUGCAUAUUUAAACAAUUUGUUGACCUUAUUUUCCCUGAUGCACUGAUACCUCAGAGUCUCCCACACAGAAGUCUUAAGUAAUAGGCUAUAAUGUUGAAGCACUCUCUCUCUCUCUCCCUCUCUCUGUUUUCCCUUCAGAGACGGUGCGGGAGACCACAGCUACCCAUCAUGCUUUGCUUGUGGCGAAGAAUGUGGACAGUUUCCCCACCAAUCAGGACCGCCUCGGUGAGGGAACCAUCGAUGUGUGGUGGGUGGUUCACGAUGGAGGCAUGCUGAUGCUGCUGCCCUUCCUUCUGCGACAACACAAGGUUUGUAUGUGUGGGUCAGACGUUUGUUGUUUACAGCAGCAGAUGUAAACCUCAGGGCCUCAAGGUACUAAAUGUGUUUCAUUUUGCCCCCAGCAAGCUCGGAAAUCUAUGAAAAGUGGACUCUAUUUGAAAGUAGCAAUGCAAAGGUGCUUUGUCAGAUUAAAAGUGUUUCAUAAAACCACUAAUAACCAUUACAGACAUGUAUAUAAAGCUAAAAUACUCCUUUAACUCCUUCUUUGUCCUGUUACAGCAACAUCAUUUUGCUUCACAAAACCAGAGUUUCUAGUCAGCAUUAGGCAGUCAGUGUUACCUCCUCUGAUAUAAAUAUAAUCGUAAAUCUGAGCUGUGCAUUUAAAACACCAAAGUCAAAAAACAACAUAUUGUACAUUGCAUUCACUUACAAAAAAAAUAAAUAAAUAAGGGGAAACUGAUUUUUUUGAGUAAUUUUUUUUUCUUCUUUCUGUUUUUCUGACUAUUUUUUCUCAUGUUUUUCGUACUGUUUUUUUUUCCUUUUUCUGUUUUUCGUACUAUUUUUUUGUUUAUUUUCCUGACUAAGCAAGAUACUUCAAAAUCCUGUGGGAAUCUCAUACAAUCAGAUAACGUUAACCCCCAUGGCUGCUCCAAAUCAGCCGAUUCUCCAGUUCCUAGAUAAUUUUGACUACGGGGUCAAUGAGAGUGAAGCAUGUUAUUAGUUAAACGUAGGGAAUGCAAAUCCUGAGGUGCCUGGGCAAAGUAGACAAAUUUAUGACAAUUCAAUCUAUCUGACUUAAGGAAAAGAGGAUCUUCCAGUGUCUCAAACCCAAAAGAAACUAAAACUUGAUUAAACUAAACAAGUGGGCCAUGUUUGCCUGCAAUAAAUCGAGCAGAGGGGGAUAAGAGCAUUUGUUUUUAAAUGAUCAUGAUCCCAGAGAAUAGGAAAAACAAUCAUUCUGAAAAAUAAAUAUAGAAAAACAGAGAAGAAAAAAAAUUGCUCUAAAAAACAGGGAAAAAAUUAGUCUGAAGAACAGAGAAAAAUAGUCUGAAAAAAAGAGCUUUUUUAUUUAUUUAUUUAUUUUUUUUAAUGAAUGCAAUGCGCUUCCGUAUGCAUGAGUAAUAGUUAUGAAUUUAACCUUUUUGUUCUUAAGAUGUGUGAAUAAAAAUCCUGUGAUCAAGAAGGUUCACCACACACUAUCAGAUUCAUUCAUUAACAACCAGAGUCCAAACUCUCUACUCUGGAUAUCUUGGAAAAUAACUCACAAUCAGACUUUUAUUCAGAGUAAAUUAUCAUACAAACACUUUUCUUAAUUUCAGAAAAAUACAAGAAAUCAUGCCUCUACACCUGAUCAAUAGUCUACUUUGAUUUUCUUUUAAUCUCUCUGUGUGAUAAAUGUGAUUUCUGUCAUCCAGGUGUGGAGGAAGUGUAAGAUGCGCAUCUUCACUGUGGCCCAGAUGGAUGACAACAGCAUCCAGAUGAAGAAAGAUCUCCAGAUGUUCCUUUACCACCUGCGUCUGGAUGCAGAAGUGGAAGUAGUAGAGAUGGUGAGGAUGUGUCAGAAAUUCUGUGAUCGUAUCUAAUUUGCUUCAAUUUACCACUAGGAAGAAAUCUGUCUCUCCAAAUCUUUCUGAUAAGUAUGUUUCUGUCUUUAUCCAUGCAGCAUGAUAAUGAUAUCUCAGCCUUCACCUAUGAGAAGACCCUGGUGAUGGAGCAGAGGUCACAGAUGCUGAAACAGAUGCAGCUUUCCAGGACUGAAAGAGAGAGAGAGGUAAUGUACAUGUUGUCUCCUUGAACACGAGGCUGCUGGAACAGUCUGGUUUUCUGUGAGGACAGAUUCUUAAUCCAUUUAAGGGAAUGCUUCAGUCUCACAGCAUGUCAUGGAGAAGAUACUAAUACAGCUAGCAUGAUAGCAUCCUCAAUGAUAGCGUUUAUGUGAGUGAAAAUUGUGUUCAAUUUGCCUCCGUUGAGUGUUAAUCCAAGAAGUUUGAAAGCUGACACGUCUGUUUUUACAGAACAUAAAACAAGUUUUACUUUUACUACUCUACAAAUACAAACUCUUAGUUAAAUGACCAUUGGCCCCUUUCCUUGUUCAUCUGCCACCAACUCUUUGGGCCACCAACACGGCUCAGAUUCAGAGUAUCACUGAUGAGUCACGUAGCUCGAUCCGAAGGAAGAACCAGGACGCUGCCCAAGGCACCAACCUCAGCCGGCAGUCCUCACAGCUGGGGGACAAUCGGGAGGACGAGGUAGUCAAAGAUGUCGAACCACUGUCCCUUAAUGUUAGACUCACAGGCCUGUCUUCACAAAGCUGGACCUCUGGCUGCAGUUUGACUCACUUCAACUGUUAUUAUCAGGAUUAAAAAGAGCUGGACUUGAAGAAAUGUGACUUUUUGUUUGUAAGGAGAGGUGCAACCAUUCUCCGGGGUUGGUGUUGAAGUAGAAACAUUUCAGUUUCAGUGAUUUUAACAGAAGUUGUCAGCACUGACGUUUGUUUGUACUGAAAAACAAGUGCCCCUGUCAAUCUGCACUAAUUUCAUGUUACAAAUCCAGUUUAUUCUUGACUCAUAGCUGGUUUAACAUGUCUAUAAAAUCAUGUGCAAUCUCAGAAGUCAACAUGCCAUAUGCACCAUCGUGCAAUCUUUAUCAACCCAGAAGUAUAAGUCAGUUCUUCUGCUUGGUAAGGACUGAGAGGUUCUGACCAAAUAAACCAGAGAGAGAGAUGAUUUUAGAUAUUGUCCAUCUCCUUCAUCUGAAGAGUUAACCACAAGUCCAGACUGACCUUAUGACCACUACUACUACUUACUGUCAGAGCCGCUUUGUGAAUACCAGCCAGCCACACCCUGCCAGACUCCCCGUUACCUCCAUGAUCCCACCUCACCCCCCACUCCCCCCAAAAAAGUGAGAGCGAUUAGAGCGAACAGUAUUGUCUCGGGAAGCUGCAAGUUGUCCUGGCAUUUGAAUGAUGCACUAAUACUCUGAAUGAACAGCUUUGAAAGCGUUUAACAUGUUUGAACCGCAAGCUCUGAUCUUCUGCUUUAGCUGAAUGCUAAUGCCAACAUGCGGCUAGGCCACUGUGCACAGGAUGCAUUAUUUUAAGUCUCCAAAUUUUCAGUCUAUUCUCUGAGCUUUUCAGGGCUGCAACCAAGGCUGCAGACUCAAGGGAUACUUAACGUGCACGUUUUCACUCAGGUGUUAAGUAUUCUCACUAUUCUGACUUGACAGUACUGUACUCUCUAUAUUUGUUUUAGCUUGAUCACAAUUAUCACCACUCCAUCUGUUAUUCUUCUACCACCCAUAUCUGUAACUCCAGUAUACAGCAUAUAGUGAGGGUGUCCUCAAAAUCCUAAAUUGAACUAGUUUAACAGAUUUCCUGUCCAGCAUGCUGCUUUAUUGGGGCGUGUUAUUUAUCAGAUAUGACCAGUACCAAUAGACCUUGAGACCAUAAUCUUUAUCUUUAUGAUGACAGAUGAUAAUAAACCCAUAAUGUAUUGUUUUUCUUUAUCACCUGUGGUUAAAAGCUGUUGAUAAAGCACUUUUUAGCACAGAUAAUGGAACAGAAGGGAAGAAAUUCAGGUUUUAUUCACAGAUUCCUAUCCAUUUCUGUCGUGCUGUUCUUGUUGUACAUUAUCUCUGCAUCCCAAGUGAAUAAAUUUACUUUGUAAGUUAGAAAAUUUCUGCAUUUAGAUGUCAUCAACUGGAUUUGAUCACUUUCCUGUCUUGCAUCCAGCCUGGUUCAUUUUCCAAAUCACUGCUCUGUACUUGUCUAUCAUCGGUAUAUGUUGUGUUUAGACUGCUGUCGGGACUUUGAGCCUUUCUAGUGUGUCUAUAUGUGGUUGUAAUAGGGGAUCAGUUGUGUAUGAUUCCCAUCAUUCUCGAGGUUCUUUUUAACAACUUCUGUCAACUUGGUUCCCUUGUGCAUCAUCUCUCAUUCCAGACAACAAAAACCUCAUUUUUAGCAACAUUUAUUCUCCUUUUUUCCCUUCCUCUCCUGGCUCCACACCUCUUCAUUUUUCGUUGUAUUUCUCGCUCUUAGUACAUUUUUUCUUUGUCUUUGUGUCAUUAUAUCAAACUCCUUUCUCCUGAGUAUUUUCUUCCCCAUCCAUUUCUCCUUUAAAUCUGCUCUCCUGUCCAGUUUACUCUGCUUCAUCUUGCCUUCUCUCCCCUAUAGGCCCAGCUCAUCCAUGACAGAAACACAGCGUCUCACGCAGUAAACGACAAAGCUGAAACUGGGCCCGAUAGGGUUCACAUGACCUGGACCAAGGACAAGCUCUUCACGGAGCGUAACCGUAACCGCGAGUGCAACGCCAACGUGGCUGCACGUGACUUGUUCAAUAUGAAACCGUAAGUACACGUUCAAAAACAAACUUUAUCAAUAACUGUGAAAAGGAGAGUUGAAAGUUAGCAGUGUUGGUUGAUAACAUAAAGGAGAUUUUUGUUGUUGUUUUAAAUCUGGGGGCUAUUUUUACACAUACACAUGCUGAAUCACUGUUAGGACCAAACGUGUUAGUAUAACUCUAGAGUGUCAGUCGAUUGCUUCUGCCUGCAGCCAUGUGACAGGCUCUGAUCGCUGCCAUUGCAUCUUUUUGGACAACGGUGCAAGAUACAAGAACAUCCAAUUGAUGUGCUGUUUUAGUGUUACAGACAGACUUCACAUAUCAGAGGUUAAAACAUAUACUGAGGCUAUAGUCCCUUAUCUUCUCAGGUCACUUCUCUAUCCACUGUCCUAACCUCCAAAUGAAAGUAUUAAGCUCUAAAAUAAUCAUGGCAAUAAAGAACAGUUAUUUUUGUUAAUGUCCCAGCUAACAGGGAAAAGGGAAGCAACAUAAACCAGUUGUUGUUAGCCUUAAGGCAAAAGAUACUUAAUGUGAAAAAGAGUAAGAUUUUGGUACAACACAGGGCAAAGUGAACUGAAAAGGACAAAUAGUGUGGUUUAGAUAAACAAUGAAACAAAAUAAGGAUUUUAAGUUGUAGUUCAGGAAACUGUUUUAUUGAUGCAGAUGAAUAAAAACAAAAUCUAAGUGAAUGCACAAGCUACCUAACCAAAAAUACAAAAACAAAAACAAAAAAAACUGGUGUGUCUCAGUAAUCACAUCUUAAAGUGUGCCCUUGUCUAAGCCUGAGACUAACUCUGCCUGGCUCUUUAUACACGGCUCAGGGUGAUAGAAAGGAACCAGCAGGCAAGAAUUGCAUAAAACAAAACACACCAAUGAAACACAUCAGUGAAACUUUAAUAGCACUUUAUAUGAGCCCAGCUCUUAUAAUACAUCAUAAACACAUUUAUAAACCCUUAUAAAUGUAUUAUUGAGGCAUGAUAACAAUCCUUAUGAGUGACACUAAGCAUUCAUAACACAUUAUAGCAGUGUUUAUCGUGUAGUACAUGCAGCAAGUAUAGUGUCUUAUAAUAUAAAAUUAUAAUAUAACAUAAUUUUGAGAGGGUGCAUUUGAACUUCAAUUUAAACUUAUUAAAGUGUAAUCCCUUGGGUUGCAUCCCCAUAUACUCAAAGGGGACCUCAAUAAAAAAUGUUGCAGUUGUUACAGCAGCCUGUUUGCAGCUGCUGGCUGAAGCAAUCUGAUGAAUCCAUUCCAUCUUUUGUUCAUAUAUUAGCCAUUUAGACCCCAUAAUGGGAAAAAAAGAAAUCAUCCAUUUCCAUAUUUGAAGAGUGCCAGUACAUGAUACUGAGAAUUACUGUAAGGAUGAUGGUGAAACAAUACAUUCUGUUUUUGCAUGUGCCUUAAAAGAGACAUUUGCACCAUUUUGAAAUGCUCUUAACCAGUUUUUAAGAUGAUUAAAGUCUAAAAAGGAUCUGAAGAGUAAACCACAGCGCAUAGAGUAAUGACAAAUACUUCAGGAUGGUGCCAAAGCCUCAGUCCAAGAGGACAGCCUGAGUAGAAGUAGUAGUUGUAGUUGUAAUGAGGCUGGUAGGGUGAAAUGGGACAAAUAUCUGCAUGGUGUGUGCAUUCAGGCUGCAUUUGGUGUGUGUGCGCAUGUGUGUGCACUUCCAGCCAUUUCAGUCUUAGUGCAUGGCCAGGCCACGCAGAACACAUGCGCACCAUUUUACUGUUUAGACUAACACCUUCUCAUCCAAUACUGUCCAUUUUGAUUGGUUUAUUCAGUGUGUCCCGGUCCACUAAAUUGGUUCUUGAAGUUAACAGUUGGAACCAGGUGCUGUAAAUCAACUCUCACAGGACAGGAAGAAAUGGAGGCUACUUUUUGCCAAGCCUCUCUUCAAACAGCUCCAUUUUUGGGUGUGGGGACGAGCUGAUUGGGACAGUUGGAAGCAUGCAGUGUGGUGGAUUGAGCUGGAGAGCUGCAGUAGAAAGCAUCUAAGCCUGUUUCUGUUGUUCUGUCCCAUUUUCCUCCUUCUAGAGAGUGGGAGUCUCUGUAAGUCGCAUUCUCUUUGCCUUAGGCUGUAUAUGUAUGUGUGUGUGUGUGUGUGCUGCUGCUGUGGUGACUGUAGCUCUGUUCAGUGUCCUCCAGCUCGUACCUGUAUGUGUAUGUGUGUGUGCGUUUUUGCAUGCCCUUGUUUGUGUGUUCUAAUGUGCAUGGACUUAAUAUGUCUGUAUGUAUUGAAAAGCAUGUUGGCUUUCAUUUGGAAAUGAUAAAAUAAAUUGAUGAGGUUAAUUUGCAUCAGCAACUUUGCUUUCCAUUCAGCUUUUAAAAAGAGAAAAACUUUAAAAUUCAAAAGAUAGAAGUUUUCCAUGUUCAGUUGAAUGGAAAGCAUAAUUUUGAUCAAUUAUAAAUUAUAUAUAUUUUUUUGGCUUUUGCAGUUGAUGUCAUGUGCUUUGCUGCUUUGUGAUCUGAUGUUAUGAAGGUGAAGAUAAAGAGGCAACAUUCAAAGAGAAAUGAGAGAAAGGAUGAUUUUUGAUAUUUUCUUAAAAACAAAAACACUGUCGUCCAGCCUCAAAAAUAAGGUUUAAGAGACUACAGCAUGUGCAUUUCAAUAUGAUAAACUUUAGAGUAAUAAUUCAAGUCUCGUUGUAUUUUAGAGCCAGAAACUGCAUGUCAAUUUUAUCUUAAAAUGCUGCCUCUUUAUUUUGAAUUCAUCUGCUUUAGUCUCUGUACCGUGCCUGUUUAUUUUAUAUUUGCAUCUGUACUUUGUAAAAUGAUAUUUUUGAUCAUGACAAACAGUAUUAAUGAAUAUUGAUAUUUGCUAUUGUUAUGCUGUUUUUAUUUCUUUAAUUGUAAUAAAAACAGUUCUUUAGAUAAACAGGUUAAAAGUUUUCUGUAAGUUUUCUAGUUAUUUUUAAAUACAGUUUUAAAACUGUUCUUUUUUUAAUGUCAUUCAAAAUCUGGAUAAAACUUAAAUGAUCAUAGAGAUAUUAUCUGCGUUUAAAGAAAAAAUAUUAAAAAAAAUCUGCCAGUAGAAUAUUAGUUUCAGGUUCUUUUGCUUUAGAAAUUCAGGCCUUUGUUUAAUAAAGUCUGGUUAUUCAUGUUGCACUUUCUCACUCUGACCUUUUUAUCUAACUAGGAACCAGUCUAAUGUUCGUCGGAUGCACACAGCUGUCAAGCUGAACGAGGUGGUUGUGAACAAGUCGCAGGGAGCUCACCUGGUUCUGCUCAACAUGCCUGGACCACCCAAGAACAGAGGAGGAGACGAAAACUGUAUCCUUUUAGUGACUUUCAGGGACACUUUAGAACUGGAUCUAAAACAACAUGAAACAAAAGGAAAUGUUGUUAAUAAACCCUCAGAGACGGAUAGUUGAACUUUUAAGUGACUAUUGUGUGAGGCUUUUUAUCUGAUUCUUUGCUCUGAUUUACAGGCUCUUUUCUUGGGCAGAUUUUAAAUAGUGACUUGAAAAACUUGCAACCUUUCUCUUUCAGUUUGCAGAUACUGAUGCCAGUCCUACUACAUCGUUAACCUAUGACAAUCCACAUCUACCACCACAUUAACAGACUGAUUAUCAGAAAAAAUGACUGAAGUGAUUGUCUUGAUAAGCUCCUUUACCUUUGAGUGGUUUCUGCUUUAUUUCUCGAGGAUAAAAUGGAAGAUGCUGAACUCUUGAGAGGCAGAACUUAUUUAGUAGCAUGAAUGAAAUGUUGUUUUGCUCCUCUUUGUUGAAUCAUUUGUCUUUCACAAGCAUUGCAAAUUUUGACUUUGGGGACUCUUUGCAACACUUCAGAAUACCUCAAUACAGCCAAUGUGAAAAAGCUUGUUUGUAUGUGUAACCUGUUAUUGCAUUUGCAUGAUAAAUAGAUCAUGAUAGCAGGCUUAAAUGUUGGUUGAAUGAUCAGUAUCUGCACAUAUAUACAAUGAACUUUUUCAGCUUUUAUCUGCCCGUAUCUACUUAUAUAUAUAUAUAAAUGAGAGGAGUAUUGCACCAGGAGUGUGCUGGUUUGAUGUCUGCACGUCUCUGUGUUCAUUUUUCCACCUUGACUUCUUCCUCUCAGAUAUGGAGUUCCUGGAGGUCCUCCUCGAGGGCCUGAAUCGGGUCCUGCUGGUGCGAGGCGGUGGACGUGAAGUCAUCACCAUUUAUUCUUAAACAAACAAAAAAAAACUUUCACGCCCCACCUUGCACUCAUGGACUGUUGCCAUGGAUACUGGUCACCGGGCAUUUUUUUUCCUGAAAAGAAGCCUGCUCCUGGGUUUUUUUAUGAAGGGCGGGGGUUGUCAGAAGGCGGGACCACUUGUGAUUGACAGAUGGUCUUGAAGGACCUCAGGAUGAAGGAAACGGUUAGCAUUGAAUGAGUUGACUGGCUGAGAGUACGAGCGCAGUAUGUGUCCACGCUGGGCCACCGUACUCCUGCACAUGGAGACUAGAGCAUAGAGACACUUUAUAUUGUUCAUUUACAAAUGUUCUCUUCUGUUACAUUUCAUUUUCUUUCCCUCGUGUGUCGAUGUUGUCACGUCUCUAAAGCUCACUGUGUAAUGUUACGCAAAGAAGUGAACGUGUGCUGUUGAGUUAAACCUCCUAGUCAUUUCAUGUUUGACAUACUCGACUCUGGACCUGAGAGAAACAUGCGCAGAGAGGACAGGUUACUCUGACAGCACAGGUGGAAUUUUCACACACAGGCUGGGAUCUUUAUGGUCUGGAUCACCGUUUUUACUCAACUGUUUUAGUCCAGAUUACAGAAAGCAGACAGUUUGUAUAGAAGCUGCCAAAUAAUUCUGGUUAGUUAGUUCAUGUGACAUUCAAAAGUCCUCAUACACCAGAGUUAGUAGUUCAAAUGUUUUGUGGUUAUUCGCCUUUGUAACGAUUUAGUGAAGGACCAGCAGGGAAGAAGCUGCACCAGAUGUUUGAUAACCUUCCUCUAUGUUGGUGGGAACAUUUCAGAAACCGGGUACUGAUACAUACUGAAUAUUGUCGGUCUACAUUUCUCAUGUCAGAGAACUCUGAUGUUUUCAUAGGAAACAUAGCCAUAGCUAACAGUCUAGCUGUACAGGAAAAAAGCUGUUUAAUGCACAUGUGUACAUAUUUAUGGUGUGUGAAGUUGUGCUCAUUUAGGAAUAGACUUUUCAAAUCCAGGCGCUGUUUGACGGCGUUUUGUGGGUUAAUUAUGACACAUUUGAUCCGCACAUGAAAUCUAUGCUACCAGAACUGUUGGCGUCUAAGAAAGUAUACUUUGAAAAGCACAAGUCGACAUUUAUAGUAGAGUAAUUCUCCCCAUUUGGACAUAGUAACAGCACUGUUGACUUUGCACUACAAAUUUUUCAGCACUUACUUCUUUGUUUUAUCGCCUACAGAAACACUGUCUCCCGACCAAUCCACUACUUUCUUCUACAGAAGUGAAAAAAGUAACUGAUAAAUGAGCUCAUGAGAAAAAAAGGUGCAGACAGUGAGUUAUCUCAAACUCUUGAACACUCAUGUUUCAACGUUGCUUUUAUAAGAUUUUAGCUGAUAGGAUCUUUAGACUUUGAGUCCCAGACGGAGUAAAUGUACCAAGCAUGUGUAGGAGAAAAAGUGCCAAACUCAAAGAAACUGUGGAAGUAUCGGUAAAGCAUUUUAAGACAUGGUCAUAAUGUCGCUCCUGCUUUUUAGAGUGACAAUCUGUAAUCUGUAAAAUCCUCAGAAUCAAAAGCACAUUAUUGUUUUAGUUUUAAAGAUGGGGCACUUCACCUUGUGGGAAUGAUUUCCAAUACUAGAUAUGAAUAUCUAAAUAAAACCAGUGCAAUUUCGUGGGCAUUUCAAACCAUCCAACAUGGGCUAAAUGCUGCAAACAGAAAGACUUCUGUGUAAGGGAGAAGAAGGACACGCCCCCCUUUUUUCUUGUGUACCUCCACAGUUUCUUUUCAGAUUAGCUGUGCAGUAUUUUGUCAAUCAGAAAGUCCAAUUUUUCUGCUGGAGAAUGAGACUUUCUGAUCAUCAGUUAAUGCAUCUGUGUUUUGUUGUGUUUGUUCAGUUGUUGAUGUAUGCCUAUGUUACUCUGUAGUUAUGGUCUGUGUAGUAUUUGUUACAUUAUAAUUGAUCCUUUGUUACUUUAAGUGUUAAAUCUCAGUGUGAUUUUUAUGCAAGGAUGCAGAGAGAGGCGGUAUGUGUGAGAACAGCACCUGUCAGGUUUUUGUGUUUUUGUACCAACCCAUCUGAAACACAUUAUGAACGACACACAGGACUGAAAACCCCUCAGGAGACUGUGCUACCCUGGACUCAGUGCAUGACUAGAGUGACGAAAUCAGGGUCAAAAAGAAGUGGUUUCAAUACUUCUGUCAAUUACUAUGUCAAUUAUUCAGUUUUAUAACUUAGCCACCAAAGAAAAAGCGUAAUUCUGUUUAAAUAAAGAAGAAAUUCAUUUUAAAAUGCCUAGUUUUACAAAGUUUAAACUUAUAAAGAUAAAAUAUUAAAGUUUUUUUGUUUUAAAUUUGGUUCCUGUGCUAAAUAGCAGUAGCAGCUCAAAAAAGAAAACAAUGAAUACAUGAAUUUCCAAACACAUAAACUGAAUAAAAAGAAAAAAAGAUGUUUGUGGAGGUAAAUAGGAUUGUCAGCAGUGUGUUUAACAUCUCUAAUGUUUGAGUGACUGGAGAAAGUUAUCUACCUCAAGGAGUCACUGAGGCUCGGCUGAAGAAAUAAAAGCUUGUUCAAUCACAUUUCUCUUUAAAGACUGUGUAGAGUCGCCUCUGCCAGGUGAGAGGACCAGCAGAACAUGUUUGUUUGUGUGUGUGAAUAUGUGUGUGUGGAUCUGCAUACCGCUCAGAGGUGAUGCUGUGUUGUGUGUGAAGUGUUUCUGCUGUUGUCCGCCUCAGCUGGCGGGCCUCACAGGCUGGAAUAGAAAGUCACUUUUGGGCGCACAUAUAGAAGACGGUAGCCCUGUAAAUUGUAUUUGUGCCUCUCUGAGUAAUUAUUAAAAGUGCUGAAAUAAACCCAAA